CGGCCGACCAGCUGCCCUGAGCAGAGUCAGCGUUCCCAGCCUGGACGCCUCGGCUGGAGGGACUGCUGUUACGAGGAAAACUACAAAACUACACGGCGGCGUAGGCCUGUAGUUUUGUUUUUUUCUUUGGGGUUCCUUUGAGGCUCAACUGUUCCCCUUUUGGAUUUUCUGACUCCGUUUUCUGGAUAAAGAUUUUAGAUUUCCUGCUGAGCGCCCAAAUCUGGGCUUCCCAGGCAUCCUUGUCCAGACAAGGUGCCAGCCAACAUGUCAACACAAGCGCCGACAUUCACACAGCCGCUACAGAGCGUCGUGGCACUUGAGGGUAGUGCCGCGACGUUCGAGGCUCAAAUUAGUGGUUCUCCAGUUCCCGAGGUGAGCUGGUUCCGCGAUGGCCAGGUUCUUUCCACCACCACUCUGCCAGGUAUACAGAUCUUGUUCAGCGAUGGCCGCGCUGUUCUGAGGAUUCCCGCUGUGACGGCUGCACACAGCGGAAGGUUUUCUGUUAGAGCCACGAACGGAGCUGGACAAGCCACAAGCACCGCUGAACUCCUGGUUACAGUGGAGACGGCGCCUCCGAAUUUCCUUCAAAGACUUCAGAGCUUAACAGUGAGACAAGGCAGCCAGGUGAGGCUGGAUGUGCGAGUGGCAGGAAUCCCAACACCAGCCGUUAAGUUCUACAGAGAAGGGGCCGAGAUUCAGAGCUCGGCCGACUUCAGGAUCCUCCAAGAUGGAGACCUGUACACUUUGUUGAUCGCUGAAGCCUUCCCAGAGGACUCUGGGACAUAUUCUGUGACUGCCACCAACAACAGCGGACGGGCCACCUCCACUGCUGAAUUGCUAGUUCAGGGUGAGGAAGCUGUGCCAGCUAAGAAACUGAAGACUGUUUCCACAUCCCAAAUAACGGCUUCCCAGAGCAGAGUACAGAGGGUGGAGACUAGUUUCCAGGCCUCCACUAAGAGGGAGAUCCAUGUAGGAGAAGGAAUGAUCACUCAGCAUUUGGCUCACAAAACCCCCCCACGGGUUCCUCCAAAGCCGACCUCCAAGUCCCCGCCGUCCUAUGUUUCCAAGGUGACGGCAGGACGUCAGCAGUCCCCUUCGCCUGUCAGACAUGUGAAAGGGCCAACACCGACACCUGUCAGACCAGUGUCUCCAUCCACCAAACUGUCUGUUUCUCCCAUCCGACCAGUCAAGUCUCCCAUCAUGACCAGGAAACAGGUGUCUACCUCUGCAGAGGUUCUGCCGCCCUGGAAACAGGGAGACUACGCGACUGAAGCGAGCUAUACCAGCAUGGCCAGCAUGGCCAGCAUGGCAAGCAUGACCGCUGUCAGCAGCACCACUCAGCUUCACAUGGAGAAGCACUGGGAGCAGCAGGUGGCUGCCACCAGAGAGGAUGAGGGAGAAAAAAAGGCUGAGGCAGUGGCUACAGUGGUGGCCGCUGUUGACCUUGCUCGUGUCCUCAAGCCUGUGCAUGGGGAGGGUGGUCGGAAAGAGGAAGAGGAGGAUGUGGAGUUGAGGAUAAAGCAACAGGCGGCAGCGACUGCAGAGAAACAAGUUAUUGCAACAAAAACACUUCCUACUGAGCCUGCUGUGUCUGCAGAGCAGCACAGAGUCCAGGUCUCUCAGAUUCAGAGAACAACAGAAAUCUUCUCCUGUGUGGACACUGGUGUCGUCCAGCCCCCAGGUCCACAUUUCACAGUUUCUAAAGUUUCUGUUCCUAAACAUGAACCUAGACAUGAGGUGUCCCUUGCUGGCUCUGCCAUCGCUACGCUGCACAAAGAGCUAUCCUCCCCUUCAACCCCCAGAAAGAUCAUCAAGCCAGUCAAAUCUCCCAGUCCGUCUCGACAGGCGGCGGUGGAGGUUCAUGUGAUACCUGAGCCCUUCCCAUCACCGUUCAGAGAUGUGCGAUAUAAGACUCAACUUGACAGCAGAGGCGCUUAUGCGUUUAGUGAGGAAGAAUUUGAGGAAUGGGAGCCUCAGGAGGUGGCUGCAGUGCCUACAAGAUUCCAGGAGCCUGUUGUUCCACCCACUCUUAUUGCUGGACUGAAGAACCUGACUGUGACCGAAGGUGAGUCAGUGACCUUGGAGUGCAAAAUCAGCGGUCACCCUUCCCCGGUCAUAAUCUGGUUCAGGGAGGACUACAAGCUCGAGAGCUCCAUUGACUUCCAGAUCAGCUAUGAGCACGGAUUUGCCAGGCUGAUUAUUCGUGAGGCAUUUGCUGAAGACAGUGGCCGGUUUACCUGCUCUGCCACCAAUGAAGCAGGAACUGUGAGCACCUCCUGCUACCUGCUUGUGAAAGUUUCAGAAGAAAUCGAAAGCAGAGAGGAAACAGCUGUCACAGAAAUUGCAAUCACACAAGAAAAAACUGUUGCAGCUGAAGCAAAGCUGCAGACUGUGACAGAGUUGAGCGCAGGAGAACCUGCAGCUCCGUUCUUCAUCAAGAAACCCACUGUGCAGAAGCUAGUGGAGGGAGGGAGUGUUGUGUUUGAAUGCCAGGUUGGAGGAAAUCCAAGACCUCACAUUAUCUGGAAGAAGAAUGGCGUGCUGCUUACCACUGGAUACAGAUACAAAGUUGCCUACAAGGAAACUGGAGAAUGUAAACUGGAGAUCUCGAUGACCUUUGCUGACGAUGCCGGAGAAUACUCCAUCUUUGCUAAAAAUCCCCACGGAGAAGCUUCAGCUUCCACCAGCCUGUUGGAGGAAGAGGAAUAUGAAGCACAUAUGAAGCAGCAUGAUGUAACAUAUAAAACUGAAGUGACUACAUCAGUGGUUCAGGAACCCUCUGUGGUCGUGAGUCAGUAUGAAUUGGAACAGAGGAGGACAAUAACCCCGAUGAGCUUCGUCUCAGAAACGGAAUUCCUCAUUUCAGCCUUUGAGGAGAGGAUAAUACAGAAGAUCGAACUGUGUAUCAUGAGAAUCACUUACAAAGAGCUUGUGGUAGAGGACGGAGAGCUGAUAGUGACUAUAGCAGAUGAGGAGGCAGUGCAGCCAGCCUUUGACACACCAGUGAAAAACUACAGGAUUAUGGAGGGAGUGGGAGUCACUUUCCACUGCAAGAUGGUUGGAAAACCACUGCCAAAGAUUGCCUGGUACAAAGAUGGCCAGCGCAUCAGGCCCGGUGCGCGUUACCAAAUUGAAGUUCUUCAAGAUGGGCGAGCCAGUCUUCGUCUGCCUGUGGUGCUGCCAGAGGAUGAAGGCGUGUACACUGCUUUUGCCACAAACAUGAAGGGAAAUGCAGUCAGCUCUGGAAAGCUUUAUGUGGAGCCAUCCGAAGCUGUAACGCCGCAGAGAUACACACCACAGCCAGCAGUACAGAGGAUAAGAUCGACAUCUCCUCGUUCUCUGAGCCGCUCCCCAGGGCGUUCCUCCAGCCGAUCUCCUCGACAGUCUCCUGCCCGUCGAUUUGACGAAACAGACGAGACUCAGCUUGAAAGACUAUACAAACCUGUAUUUGUCAUGAAGCCCUCCUCAAUAAAAUGUUCUGAGGGGCAAACUGCCCGAUUUGAUUUGAAAGUUGUUGGCAGGCCAAUGCCUGACACAUACUGGUUCCACAAUGGACAACAAGUGAUCAAUGAUAACACACACAAGAUAGUGAUUAAAGAGGAUGGUACUCAGUCCAUGAUCAUUGUCCCAGCCAUACCACAAGACUCUGGAGAGUGGACGGUUGUUGCUCAGAAUAGAGCUGGACGGGCAUCUCUCAAUGUAACUCUUACUGUUGAUGCUCAAGAAACCGUGGCACGUCCUCAAUUUGUUGAAAAGCUGAAAAACAUCACUGUAAAGCAGGGCACUCUGGUUGAGUUGGCUGUCAAAGCCAUUGGAAACCCCCUGCCAGACAUUGUGUGGCUGAAAAACAGUGACAUCAUCACCCCACACAAGCAUCCACAGAUAAAGAUUGAUGGCACCAAAGGAGAAGCCAAAUUCCAGAUUCCAUCUGCUUCAGGCUCAGACAGCGCCUGGUACACUGCUACAGCCAUCAACAAGGCUGGUAGAGACACCACUCGUUGCAGAGUCAAUGUUGAGGUGGACUUUGCUGCCCCUCAAACCGAGAGGAAGCUCAUUAUUCCUAGAGGAACCUACAAAGCUAAAGAGAUUGCAGCACCCGAGUUGGAGCCGCUUCAUUUGCGAUACGGUCAAGAGCAGUGGGAGGAGGGUGAUCUUUAUGACAAGGAGAAGCAACAGAAACCACAAUUCAAGAAGAAGUUGACAUCUAUCAGAAUGAAGUGUUUUGGACCAGCCCAUUUUGAGUGUAGACUCACUCCUAUUGGUGACCCCACUAUGGUAGUGGAGUGGCUGCAUGAUGGCAAACCUCUGGCUGCUGCUAAUAGGUUGCGUAUGGUCAAUGAAUUUGGGUACUGCAGCCUUGAUUAUGAAGUUGCUUAUGCUAGGGACAGUGGUGUUAUUACUUGCAGAGCCACAAACAAAUUUGGAGUUGACCAGACCUCAGCCACCCUGAUUGUCAAAGAUGAGAAGGGACUUGUUGAGGAAACACAACUUCCUGAAGGCAGGAAGGGAGCAUAUAGGAUGGAUGAGAUUGAGCGCAUGGCUCAUGAGGGAGGACCUGCAGGAGUUGGCGCUGAUGAAGAAUCUGAAAAGACAAAACCUGAUAUAGUCUUGCUUCCUGAACCUGCAAGAGUGCUGGAAGGCAACAUUGCACGAUUCCGCUGCAGAGUAACUGGUUAUCCAGCACCAAAGGUUAAUUGGUACCUCAACGGACAACUUAUUCGCAAAAGCAAGAGAUAUAGACUCCGUUAUGAUGGUAUUUACUAUUUAGAGAUUGUUGACAUCAAGUCCUAUGACUCAGGAGAGGUUAGGGUGGUUGCUGACAAUCCUUUAGGAACAGCUGAGCACACAGUAAAGCUAGAGAUCCAGCAGAGGGAAGACUUUAGAUCUGUCCUGCGUCGUGCACCAGAACCAAAACUUGCAGAGGCUACACACGAGCCUGGCAAGAUUGGAUUUGAUGUUGUGAAGAUGGACCGACCUAGUGAGGCUUCACAAGACAGGGAAGUGGUUAAGCUGCGUAAGACACAGAGAAUUCUUCAUGAGAAAACUUCAGAGGAGUCUGAAGAACUGAAGAGCAAGUUCAAGCGCAGAACAGAGGAGGGUUUCUAUGAGUCUAUCUCGGCUGUAGAGCUUAAGUCUCGCAAGAGGGAUGACUCUUAUGAAGACCUAUUGAAGAAGACUAAAGAGGAGCUGCUCCAUCGCAUGAAAGAGAAAGAAGAAGCUGAAAGGAAGAAGAUGGAGGAAGAGGGUAAACUCACUAUCCCCACAAUAAAACCUGAACGGAUAAUGCUCUCUCCCAGCAUGGAAGCACCCAAGAUCCUGGAACGCAUUGCAAGCAAGACUGUUGCUCCAAUGGAUGAGGUUCGUUUCAGAGUCAGAGUAGUUGGUAGACCAGAACCUGAGUGUCAGUGGUUCAAGAAUGGCAUUCAGCUGGAAAAGUCUGACCGUAUUUACUGGUACUGGCCUGAGGACAAUGUAUGUGAAUUGGUCAUAAGAGAUGUCGAAACAGAAGAUUCUGCUAGCAUCAUGGUUAAGGCCAUUAAUAUUGCUGGGGAGUCCUCAAGUCAUGCCUUCCUGCUUGUACAAGCCAAGACAGCAGUUAGCUUUAGCCAAAACUUGGAGGAUACGAGCGCCAAUGAGAAGGAUACCAUGGUGACCUUUGAGUGUGAAACCAAUGAACCCUUCGUCAAAGUCAAAUGGUUUAAGAACAACAUGGAGAUCUUCUCAGGAGACAAAUACAGAAUGCACUCUGACAGAAAAGUCCACUUCCUAUCUGUGCUAAUGAUUGAAAUGAGGGAUGACGCAGAAUACACCUGUGUGAUUGCAGAUGACGAGAACAUAACAACGAGUGCAAGGCUUCACGUGGAAGGUGCUGCUCUCGAUCUCAUCAAACACAUGGAGAACAUUGAGGUACCAGAAUCCUAUGCUGGCGAGUUUGAGGUCGAGUUAUCUCGUGAAGAUGCUGAGGGCAGCUGGCUCUUUGGAGACAAAGUUCUCUCACCCAGCAAUAAAUACAUCAUAUCGUCACGUCGAGGAAGACACACUUUGUCUGUCAAGGAUGUCAGGAAAGAGGACCAGGGAAAAUACACCUUUGUAUGCGGUGAUCUGAAGACCAGUGCCUCUCUGAAAAUGAAAUUGCGUCCAGUGACACUGAUGCAGCCCCUGACUGAUCUGAUAGUCUGUGAGGGUGAUAUUGCUCAGCUGGAGGUCAGGUUCUCCCAAGAGAAUGUUGAGGGAACCUGGAUGAAGAACGGCCAGGCCAUUUCUGCCUCGGAACGUAUCCACAUUGUCAUUGACAAGAUGGUUCACAAGCUGCUGGUGGAGAAUAUCAGCACAGAAGAUGCUGCCUUGUACUCUUUUGUGGUUCCUGCCCAGGACAUCUCCACUUCAGGCAAACUCGGUGUUCAAACUAUUGGCAUUGUAGUGCCACUGAAGGAUGUAUCCUCUAUUGAAGGCACAAAGGCUGUCCUGGAGACUAAGAUCUCUGCGCAGGACAUCAGUUCUGUCAAAUGGUACCAUAAUGACAAACUGUUGACAUCCAGUGACCGAAUCCAAAUGGUGGCAAAGGGAGCAAAGCAGCGGCUGGUCUUCACCAGAACCUUUGCAUCAGAUCAGGGUCACUAUAAACUAGUUGUUGGCAAGGUUGACACCAGCUGUAGCCUGACGGUUGAAGAGGUGCACAUUGUGAAACACAUGGAGGACAAAGUGUGUUCAGAGUCCCAGAAUGUGACGUUUAAUGUUGAAGUCUCUCACCCUGGAAUCGACUCCGUCUGGACAUUCAGGAACCAGCAAAUCAAACCUGGACCCAAAUCCAAGAUUGAGUCGAAGGGAAAGGCUCACUCUCUGACAGUCAUUGACGCCAUGAAAGAUGAGGAGGGCCAGUACAUGUUUCAUGCUGGUGAAAAGACAUCUAGUGCCAAGCUUACUGUCUCUGGUGGCGCCAUUACACGGCCCCUGCAGGAUGUGACAGUGGCGGAGUCUCAGACUGCUGAGCUUGAGUGUGAAGUUGCAAAUGCCAAUGCUGAGGGCAAGUGGCUUAAGGAGGGCCAGCCCAUCGACUUCAAUGAGAAUGUGGUGGGUGAGGUGAACGGGGCCAUCAGGCGCCUCAUCAUCAACAUUACCAGGCCACAGGAUGUCGGAGAGUAUACCUACCAGGUGGCCAACUCCAAAACUACAGCUAAUCUCAGGGUGGAGGGAGUGAAGAUCAAGAAAACUCUGAGGAACCAGACCGUGACGGAGACCCAGGAAGCAGUGUUCACACUGGAGCUCACACACCCCGACGUGAAAGGAUCCCAGUGGAUUAAGAACGGGGUGGAACUGCAAACCAGCGAAAAGUACGAGAUCGUCUCCAGUGGCUUGGUCCAAACGCUGAAGGUCAAGGACUGCAACAUACAGGACGAGUCUGUUUAUUCCUUCAAACUUGGAAAACUUUCUGCCAAUGCCAGACUCAACGUAGAGAAAAUCAAAAUCGUGAAGAAGAUAAAAGAUGCGACGUCUCUGUUGGACGGCACGGCCUCCUUUGAGAUGAGCCUCUCACAUGACGACAUCCCUGUUCGGUGGAUGUUUAAAGGUUUGGAGCUGAAGUCAAGUGAGAAGUGCAAGAUUCUGUCUGAGAGGAAAGCACACAAACUGAUCCUGAAGAAUCUGGACAGCAGCGAUGCAGGAGAGUACGUGGCUGUGAUUGGACACUUGCAGUGCAGUGCCGUACUCACCGUGGAGGCUCUGAAGGUCACUAAACCCAUGAAAAGUGUGGAGGUACCAGAGACUCAAGUGGCCACGUUCGAGUGUGAAGUCUCCCACUUCAAUGUGCCGUCCACCUGGCUGAAGAACGGAGUGGAGAUUGAGAUGAGUGACAAGUUCAGGAUCGUGGUUCAGGGAAAACUCCAUCAGCUGAAGAUCAUGAACACCAGCAGGGACGACUCUGCAGAGUACACCUUCAUUUGUGGCAACGACCAAGUGUCUGCAACACUUACCGUCAACCCGGUUCUGAUCACCUCCAUGCUGAAGGACCUGAAUGCCCAAGAGAGAGACACUAUCACCUUUGAGGUCACCGUCAACUAUGAAGGCAUCACGUACAAAUGGCUGAAGAACGGCGUGGAAAUUAAGUCGUCGGACAGGUGCCAGGUCCGCAGUCGGCAGCUUACGCACUCCCUCACCGUCCGAAACGUUCACUUUGGAGACGGAGGAGAGUACAAGUUUGUGGCCGGCUCUGCCGCCACCACUGCUAAUCUCUUUGUGGAAGCUCGUGUGAUUGAAUUCACCAAGAAGAUCAAGGACAUAAAGAUCACGGAGAAGAAGAAGGCGAUUUUUGAGUGUGAGGUUUCUGAGCCAAACAUCCAGGUGAUGUGGAUGAAGGACGGUCAGGAGAUGGACAUGUCUGAGGAAAGGUAUAUUGUGACAGCAGAGAAGUAUGUUCACCGCCUCGUGAUCCAGACGGUUCGAAUGUCUGAUGCUGGGGAAUAUUCAGUGGUAGCUGGAUCAAGCGUCUCCAAGGCCCGGCUCACUGUGGAGGGUCGCGACAUUCGGAUCUCGGAACCUCCUGAGCGGGAAAUUACGGUUCUGGAGAAACACCGUGCAACCUUUGAGUUUGAAGUGAAUGAAGAAGAUGUGGAGGGUCACUGGCUGAAGAAUGGCGUGGAGAUCCAGUUCUCGAUGGAAGAGAGAUUUAACUACGUGACCAUCAGGAAGCUGCAUCGCCUCACCAUCUCAGAGACCUACAGGAGUGAUGCUGGGGAGUACACCUUCAUCGCUGGCAAAAAUAGAAGCACCAUGCAGCUUCGAAUAAACAUCCCCGAGCCUCCUCAGAUCCUUCGCCACAUGGAGCCCCAGUCGGUCGAGGCUGGAAAACCAGCUCGCUUCUCAGUCCAGGUGAGCGGUGUUCCCCAGCCUCAGGUCUUCUGGUACAAAAACUCCCAGGCUCUCUCCGCUGGCUUCAAGUGCAAGUUCCUGCACGAUGGCAACGAGCACACACUGCUGCUCAUCGAGGUCUUUCCUGAAGACGCUGCUGUCUACACCUGUGAGGCCAAGAACGAGUAUGGCACUGCCACAAGCACCGCAACACUCAAUGUUGAAGUUUCAGAGGUGGUUUCUCCAGACUCCCCCGCUACUGUUGCUCCCCCUGUCAUCAUCUCACCCAUUGCCAGCACUCCAGCCUGCGAGGGCGCACCAGCUUGCUUCCAGUGCAAAGUCCGUGGAGAUGAUGUGAAGAUAAGCUGGUUCCACAAGAAAAAGGAAAUCAAACAGUCCGAAUUCUUCAGGAUAUCUCAGUUUGAUGACAGCUGUCAGCUGGAGAUCUCCAGGGUUUAUCCAGAGGACGAGGGCGAGUAUACCUGCAUGGCCACAAACAAUGGAGGGACGGUAUCCUGCUCUGCAACUCUUACAUUCGACGUGACUCACGUGAGAGAGCAGGCUGAAACCAAGACUGAGCUGGAAGUCAAAGCGCCCCCUGUCUUUAGGCAGAAAAUCGCACCUCUGGAGAUAAAUGUCGGCAGUCACACCAAGUUUGAAUGUGAGAUUGAAGAAGCUCCGGACGUGGCGUUCAAAUGGUACAAAUCUGGCACCGAAAUCAGACAGAGUGAAAAGUAUCGGAUCGUCAGCCGCCACACUAGUUCCUCUUUAGAGCUCCUGAACCCUGUCAAAGCUGAUAGCGGAGAAUACACCUGUAAAGCUUCAAAUCAACACGGCACAGACAGCUGCACUGCCUCGCUCAUUGUCACCGAGAUGUACCCACCAGUAUUUGUAUCAAAACCAGACCCAAUGACUUUAUAUGUGGGAAAACAAGCUGUGUUCCAGUGCUCGCUUACUGGAUCCUCGCCUAUGGAAGUUGUCUGGCACAAGGACAACAUAACAAUUUCCUCUGAAGGGAACUAUGUCAUGAAAUGUGAAAAGAACAAGUAUUCCCUUCACAUUAAAAGGCUUGAACUGACUGAUCAGGGAGUGUACCUGUGCAAGGCUUCCAACAGUGUUGGUGUAGCUACUUUUGCAGUAGAACUCAAGGUUAUUGACAAGCCCCGGUUUGUUACGGUCAUUGAGCCAGUAUCUGCAGCUGUUAAUGACCCAUUGAGGCUGGAGUGCCACGUGAAUGAGGACACUGGUGUGGCUGUCACCUGGACCAGGGAUGGCAAAAAAGUCCACCAGAGUAUGGAGAGUAAACUGUCCUUUGAGGACAAGGUCGCUGUUCUGGAGAUCCCCAAGUCCAAACUAAAGGACUCUGGGAAAUAUGUGUGCACAGCUGCAAACGAGGCUGGCAGCUCCUCCUGUGAGGCUGUGAUAACAGUUCAAGAGCCCCCCGCCUUUGUGAAGAAAAUGGAAUCUAAGCUCACAUGGAAACAGGGUAUAGCUGCACGCUUACAGUGCACAAUCAAAGGAUCGCCUGAACUUCACAUCCACUGGUUCUGGAAUGAAAGAGAGCUGAGUAAUGGAGACAAACAUAAAAUAUCUUUCAAGAGUGGAGUUGCUACUGUGGAGAUCAUGAACGUUCUGGUCACAGACAGUGGCAGAUACACCUGUGAGGUGUCAAAUAAUGCUGGGAGUGAAAGCUGCAGUACUCUUUUAGCUGUUAAAGAGCCACCGUGCAUUAGAAAAGACCUGCAGACAGUAGAGGCAGUGAAGGGAGCAGCUGCUCACCUGGAGUGCGAGGUCACAGGAACGGCUCCUUUUGAAAUCACUUGGUUAAAAAAUAAGAAACCCAUCACCAGUGAUCAGAAAUAUAAAUUGAUUUCCCAAGACUCAAUAGCAAGGCUGGAGAUUCAAACAUUUGACACUGCAGAUAUUGGAGAUUAUCAGUGUGUCAUAUCAAAUGAUGUGGGAAAAGUCACCACUAAGGCUAUGGCUAAACUUAAAGAUCCACCAACUUUCUCAAAAAGGGUUGAGAGUGUUACAGCAGUCUUGGGAAAUACAGUAAAACUACAAGGAAUGAUUAAAGGUUCGACUCCCAUCACUGUGAAAUGGAUGAAAGACUCCAAGAUGCUAAGAGACGAUGAUCCAAAUAUCAAGAUGGUUUUUGAGAACGGUGUUGUGAGUUUGUCGAUAACAACAGUUGCCAUCAGCCAUGGUGGCAAGUAUUCAUGCCAAGCGGAGAACGAGGCUGGGCAACAAAAGUGUGAAGCGAUCUUGACUGUGCAAGAACCUGCUAGGAUUGUAGAACCUGCAGAGUCCAUUAGUGUGACGGCAGGGGACUCAGCCGCAUUGGAGUGCACGGUCUCUGGAAGCCCAGAUCUCAAAGUGAAGUGGUUUAAAGAUGGGAAGGAGAUCAUUAGUGGCCGUAAAUAUAAGAUGACUCUGAAGGAUAAUAUUGCCACCCUGAAAAUUCUUACUGCAGAAAGAGGAGAUACUUCGGAGUAUAAAAUGGAAGUGGCAAAUAAAGUCGGGAAAGACCAGUGCACAUGCUCAGUCACUGUCUUAGAUCGGAUAAUGCCUCCAGCUUUCACCAAGUCGCUGAAAAGAGUUGACGGUAACAUUGAUAAUCCCGUCUCCAUGGAUUGCAAGGUGUCUGGGUCACAGCCCAUGACUGUGACUUGGUUCAAAGACGACCAGGAGAUUGUUUCUGGAGACAAAUUCCAGCCUGAAUUUAAAGACAGCUCUGCUAUACUGAGAAUCACGUGGCUAGAAAAGGCUGACUCUGGUGUUUACAAAUGCAGAGCCACCAACUCAGCUGGCUUUAAAGAAACCAGCGGCACGCUCUAUGUGAAAGAACCCCCAGCGUUCACAGUGAAACCACACGACCAGGAUGUUAUUCCAGGAACUACAGUUUCCUUAAGAACAGCAUUCACUGGAACAGCUCCUUUAACUGUGAAGUGGUUCAGGGAAGAAAAGGAGAUCAUUACAGGGGGCACUUAUUUCAUUAAAAAAGAUGCCUCUUCAAGCUCUUUGGAGCUUCACUCUGUAAAGCCCACUGAUACCUCGAAAUACACGUGCGAGGUAUCCAACGAUGCCGGGAAGGUAGACUGCACGGUAGUCCUCUUUGUGAAAGAACCUCCCGUGUUUGUGAGGAAACCCGAGGCAACCAAGCUCAUCACCAGUGGUGACUCUGCCAGGCUGGAGGGCAAAGUAACUGGCAGCCCAGUCAUCAGUUUCAAAUGGUUCAAGGAUGAAAUGGAGAUCAGUGCCAGUACUAAAUACACGAUGAGCUUGAUCGACUUGAUGGCAACUCUAGAAAUAGCUAAUUGUACAGUAGAGGACAGUGGAGAUUAUGUGUGUGUGGCAUCAAGUGAGGCUGGAAGUGACCGUUGCACCUGCACAGUUAUAGUCAAAGAACCGCCAUUGUUUCUGCGUAGCUUGGAGCACAAGGACGUGGUGAAAGCUUCUGAGCUGACGCUAGAGUGCCAAGUCUCUGGUUCUGCUCCUUUUACUGUGUCAUUUUAUAAAAACUCCAAAUUGAUUCGGAACGACAAAAGACACAGGAUUACUGUGAAAGAUGACCUGCUAGCACUGCAGGUUCUUGCAGUAGAAACAGGAGAUGUUGGUUUGUACCAGUGUAGUGUUGAGAAUGAAGUGGGAAGGGCCUCCUGUGAUUGUCAUGUAACGCUAAAAGAACCACCAUCAUUUGUUCGAAAGCUGGAGAACCUCAGCUCAUUGGCUGGCAGCGAGGUUUCUCUCAUUUGCAGUCUGAAAGGUUCUGAGCCCAUGACUGUGGCCUGGCUAAAAGACAACCAUGAGCUCAAAGAGGCUGAAAACAUUCAGAUUACAUAUGAGAACAAGACUGCGCUACUGCAGAUCACCAACUUACAGAGCAGUCACUGUGGUAAAUACUCUUGCCAGGUGCAGAAUCAGGCUGGCAGCCAGACAUGCUCUGCUGUGCUGACAGUCAAAGAACCAGCAAAAAUCACAGAAGAGGUAAAGUCUAUCAGUGUGACUCAGGGGGAUCCGGCUACUCUGGAAGCCAGGUUCUCAGGCACAAAACCCCUGAAGGUCAGAUGGCUAAAGGCUGGCAAGGAGCUGACCUCAGGCCAGAGAUAUAAAGUGCAGAGCAAAGAUACCAGUUCUGUGUUGAAGAUUAUUAAAACUCAGAAAAGUGAUGAUGGUGAAUAUGUCUUUGAGGUUUCAAACGAUGUUGGACAAAGUUCGUGUGAUGCCACACUCACCAUUCUCGAUCAAAUAAUUCCUCCGUCUUUUACAAGAAAACUGAAACAGACAGAGGGUGUCAAAGGAUCAUUUGCGCAUCUGGAGUGUCUUGUGUCUGGUUCUCUUCCAAUAACCAUACAGUGGUACAAAGAUGAGAAAGAGAUCCAAACCGAUGACAAACACAAAUGCACAUUCUUUGAAAAUGUUCCCUUUCUAGAAAUCUCCAAUCUCGACACUAAAGACAGUGGCAAUUAUACCUGCAUUGCUACAAAUAAAGCAGGAACGGUCCAGUGCUCUGGAGUCUUAUUUGUGAAAGAAUCCCCGUGCAUUCUUGAAAAACCUGAAUCCAUAAAUGUUUUGCCUGGCUCAAAAGUCCAAUUUAGUGUACUGUUCUCUGGCACACCACCACUCACCACCAAAUGGUUUAAAAGCAAUAAAGAGAUCCUGUCCAGUGCUGACUGGUCGGUGAUCAAAGAUAACACCUCGAGCACACUGGAACUCUUCUUCGCAAAAACCACAGAUUCUGGAGACUAUGUCUGCCAAAUACAGAACGAUGUUGGCUCCGCUUCAUGCCAAGCAACACUCUUUGUCAAAGUGCCUCCAAAGUUUACACAGAUCCCAGCCCGUGUGUCUGUAGUUUGUCCUGGUCAGAGUAAGGUUUUUGAGUGCCAGGUGACCGGCACACCUGAGAUUGACAUCUACUGGUUCAAAGAAGGCUCUGAAAUCAGCCCCACUGAUCACUAUAAGAUGGCCUUCGUCAACUCUGUGGCAACACUGGAAGUCUGUGGGGCUGAGGUUAAACAUAGUGGGCUUUACUACUGCGAAGCUCGUAAUGAAGCUGGCAGUGAGAGCUGCAGCAUGGAGUUGAAGGUCAAAGAACCGCCAUCGUUUAUUAGAGAACUGGCUCGAGCUGAUGUUGUGAAGGGCUCCGCUGCCAUUUUAGAGUGUCAAGUUGCUGGGACGGGUCCCUUUGAGAUAACAUGGCACAAAGAUGGAAAGGAGCUCAAACCCAGUGCUAAACAUGCCUUCUCUCAGUUAAAUGACACUGUGUGUCUUGAAGUGCACAAAUGCGAUGCUGUAGAUAUUGGUGAAUAUCAAUGCACUGUUGCUAACGAGGUGGAAAGCUGUACUUGUAAGACUACACUAAGCCUCAAAGAACCACCAACAUUCAUCAAGACAAUUGAGAACACUGCUACUGUUCUGGGUAAAAUGGCAGAGUUUCAGUGCAUUGUGAAAGGCUCUCCCAUCACCUCUGUACAGUGGAAAAAAGAUGAGAAUUGGAUAUUGGAGGAUCCAAAGAUUCAGAGAACAUUUGAAAGCAAUGUGGCUACACUCCGGAUCCCUGCCUGUGAGGCGAUACACGGUGGCAAAUACACCUGCCAGGUGGUAAAUGAGGCUGGGCAGGAUAAGUGUUUUGCCACCCUCACAGUGCAAGUGCCUCCGCAGAUCACAGAGAAACCUGAGGUGGUAAAGGUUACAGUUGGAGAUCCAGUCAGUCUGGACUGUAAGGUUACAGGCUCCCCUGAACUCAGGGUGAAAUGGAUGAAAGAUGGCAGGGAGCUCAAGUCCAUCAGGCAGCACAAGCUGAUCUUUGAGAACAAUAUCAGCAGCCUAAAGAUUCAGGCUGCGCAGACAGAGGAUGAAGGAGAGUAUGUCUUUGAGGUGGUAAACUACAUCAGUAGCUGUACCUGCAAAGUCAAGCUAAUUGUAUUAGAGCAAGUAAUUGCCCCAAGCUUCAUCAAACCCCUGGUAGACAUGCACGAGAUAUUGGGGUCCUUUGUUCAGAUAUGUUGCAAAAUAUCUGGUUCUCUCCCCAUCUCUGUGGAAUGGAAGAAAGAUGGAACCAAAAUCUCUAGUGGUCUAAAGCACAAGCUCAUUCAGCAGGACAACUCUGUGUCCAUUGAAAUUGAACAGCUAGAGAGAUCUGACGCAGGGUUAUACUCUUGCAAACUGACUAACGCAGCAGGAAGCUGUGAAUGCAGUGGGUCCAUCGUGGUCAAAGAACCGCCAAGCUUUGUGACAGUGCCCGAGUCGCAGACUGCUCUACCCAAAGCCACUGCACGCUUCAAAGGCACUUUUAAGGGAACUCCUCCCUUCACAGUCAAAUGGUUUAAGGAUGACGCAGAGCUUAUGACUGGGCCUACUUGUUUAAUAGGGCUUGAUGGGCUGUCCUGUUUCUUAGAGCUCUAUUCAGUGGGCGUCACACAGAGUGGAGUCUACUCUUGCCAAGUCAGCAACGAUGCUGGCUCCGUACACUGUAGUGCAAACCUGACAGUAAAAGAACCACCUGAAUUUCUACUGAAACUCCCUGCCAAUAAGUUUUUGAAGCAGGGUGAGUCACUCCGCCUGGAGUGCAAAGUCAGUGGCACAGUCCCUCUGAAAAUUACCUGGUACAAAAACGACGCCAAAGUUACAGACGGUGGCAACUACAGGACGUCGUUUGUUGACUCAGUAGCAGUGCUAGAACUGGUCUCCACUAGUUUUGAGGAUGAUGGAGUUUACACCUGUGAGGCUCAGAAUGAUGCUGGCAGUGUGAGCUGCAGCACUACACUUACCAUUAAAGACCCCCCAUCUUUUGUCAAAAUACCCCAGCCUGUUGAAGGGCUGAAGGGUAAGGACGUAAGUCUGUACUGCGAGAUGAGUGGUACAGCUCCAUUCCAGAUCACCUGGUUUAAAGACAGGAAACCUCUCAUGGAGAGCAGGAAGUUUAAGCUGGUGAGCGAGGGCAGCUCGGCCACACUGCAUGUCAUUGGAAUAGAGCCCUCAGACGCCGGCGAAUACGAGUGCAAAGUGUCAAACAGUGUAGGAAGCGAUACCUGCCAGACAUCAAUUAAACUCAGAGAGCCACCAUCAUUUGUGAAGAGACUGUCAAACAUUACAGUGAUACUGGGAGGGGAGGUGACCCUUGUGGCCACUGUUAAAGGCUCUGAACCCAUUACUGUGUCCUGGGUUCAAAACAAGGAUCACAUUCUCAGGGACAGUGACAACAGGAAAAUCACCUAUGAAAACAACCAGGUGGCAGUUAAAAUCUUUAACGCUGAUGCAACUACGGCAGGCAAAUAUACCUGCCAACUCAGAAACGAUGCUGGGAGUGUGGAGUGUUUCGCUAACUUGACUGUUCUAGAGCCUGCUAAAAUAGUGGACAAGCCCGAUGCUCUGAGCGUGACGGCAGGUGAUAUGGCUGCCCUGGAGGUCAAAGUGUGUGGAACCCCAGAGCUCAUACCCAAGUGGUUCAAAGAUGGUGCUGAGCUGGCUUCUGGGAGAAAAUACAAAAUCUCAUUUUCCCGGAUGAUUUCCAGCCUGAAUGUGCUGUCUGCUGAGAAAGUUGACUCUGGAGAAUACACGUUUGAGAUUAUGAAUGAAGUUGGGAAGGACCUGAGUAAAAUCAACCUCACUGUUUUAGAUAAGACGAUUCCUCCAACAUUCUCACGGAAACUGAAGGACUGUACCACUGUCGUUGGAAAACCUUUAGAAAUGGAGUGCAAAGUGUCAGGCUCAUCUCCUUUUACCAUUUCAUGGUACCACAAUGACGAGGAGAUAAAGAGUGGGCCAAAUUAUGAGAUUUCAUUCAGUGACAACAACUGUACACUAAAGGUGCUCACGCUGAAGCUGGCUGACUCUGGAGCAUACAAGUGUAAGGCUGUCAACAAGGCGGGAACCACAGAAACUACAGCCUUCCUGGUUGUUCGAGAACCUCCAACGUUUGUGGUGCCACCGCAGCCAGUGGAGGCCAUGCCAGGCUCUAACGUGACGUUCUCAGCCAUGGUGAAAGGCAGCGCCCCUCUCAAACUCAAGUGGUUCAGAGGGACGAAAGAGAUCGUAGCUGGACAUGGCUGCGAUUUCUCCCUGGAUGAUAACAAAGUUCUAUUAGAGCUUUACAACGUGGACAAAUCUCAUGCUGGAGAGUACACCUGUCAGAUCAUUAAUGACGCAGGAAAAGAAAGCUAUCCAGUGAAUCUCACUGUCAAAGAGCCAGCAACUUUCUCAAAGAAGCUGAAGGACAUAUCAGUUGAGAAGGGCAAAGCAUUAACUCUGGAGUGCACAUACACGGGCACCCCCAUGAUCACUGUGAGCUGGUACAAAGAUGGCCAGCAGAUCUUUGCUUCAUACAAAUACAACAUUACCACAACAGAAAGCUCCUGUAUCUUGGAGUGUCUCAGCACUGAUGACAAGGAGGCUGCAGGAAAAUACUGCUGCCAAGUGAGCAACGAUGCUGGGAAAGACACGUGUGAGGCAGUGGUUUCUAUCCUCGAGCCACCAUAUUUUACCGAGUCACUGGAGCCCAUGGAGGUGACAGCUGGAGAUGCUGUCUGUCUGAAAUGUCAGGUCGCAGGCACACCUGAGAUCAAGGUGUCCUGGUUCAAGGCUGAUGGCAAAGUCAGGUCUAGCCCCACCUGCAAGCUGGAGUACACAAAGGGUGUUGCCUGUUUGAAGCUAAGUAAAGCCACCAAGUCCGAUAUCGGAGAGUACACCUGCAAGGCAGAGAACAGGAUUGGCUCUGCUUCCUCCAGCUGCAGACUCAAUGUGCUAGAAGCUAAAACGCCACCAUCAUUCCCAAAGAAGAUCACCAGCCUGCAGCAAACCGAGGGCCAGCCAGUGCGCUUUGAGUGCCGCGUGGCUGGCUCAUUGCCCAUCGAGGUGUCCUGGCUGAAAGACGGCAAACCUCUGAGUCAGGGGGAGGAGUUCUCCAUGCUGUAUGAUGAUAACACAGCGGUUCUGCAGAUCAACAACAGUGAGAUGAGGCACUCUGGGGAGUACACUUGCGCGGCCACCAACAGCGUGGGCUCAGCUUCAUGCAGAGCCAAGCUCACUCUGCAAGAACCCAGAUACCCUCCGGUAUUUGACAGGAAAUUGUCACUACAGGAGGUGACAGUGGGUGACAGCAUUGAGCUGGAAUGUCACAUGACUGGUUCUGCCCCCAUUAAAGUCACUUGGUCCAAAGACCACAAAGAUAUUCGCUCUGGGGGGAAUUAUAAGAUUAGCUGUGUGGAAAAUACACCUCACCUGACCAUUCUGAAGGCAGAUAAAUCAGAUACAGGGAGAUACUUCUGCCACGCCUCUAAUGACAUGGGGAAGGACUCUUGUUCCUCUGAUAUCACUGUCAAAGAGCGCAAAAAUCCUCCAGUGUUCACCAAAAAGCCCUCAGAACACAUCGAGGACAUGGAGGGCAAACUGGUGAAGAUUGAGGGCCGAGUCUCCGGGUCGCAGCCCAUGUCAGUCAGCUGGUUCAAAGAUGACAUGGAGAUACAGAGUUCUGACAAGUAUGACAUCAGCUUUAAGAGCAAUGUGGCAGUGCUGUGCAUUAAAAACAGCCAAGUGAUUGACAGCGGAAGGUACUCGUGCCAGGCCUCUAAUGAAGCUGGGAAAGCCUCGUGUGAUGUCACUGUUGGCAUCUCAGAGGCCAGGAAGCCCCCAGUGUUUGACGUACCUCUCAAACCAGCAACUUUGGAUGAGGGCGAAAAGCUAAUUCUCAGGUGCCAUGUCUGUGGAUCUUCCCCGCUGAAGAUCCAGUGGAUGAAGGACAGGAAGGAAUUGACACCAUCUGGCAGCACUAGAAUCAGCUUUUCUGAUGGCACAGCAUGUCUGGAGAUCAGCACAGUCUCUAAACUCAAUGCUGGUGACUACCUCUGCAAGGCUACCAAUGAGGCUGGCAGCGAAUUCUGCAAAGCCAAAGUCACUGUCAAAGAGAAACUUGGAGCAGCUCUGUCUCCUGCUGAAGCUCCAGCAGCUUCUCCAUCCAAAAAAACGGACAAUCUGUUCUUCAUUGAAGAGCCUAAAACUGCACACGUUACCGAGAAGGGAACCGCCACCUUCAUCGCAAAGGUGGGUGGUGACCCCAUUCCCAGUGUGAAGUGGAUGAAAGGGAAGUGGAGGCAAGUGACCCACGGUGGCCGGAUCUCCAUCGAACAGAAGGGCCAAGAGGCCAAACUGGAGAUCAGAGAAGUGACGAAAUCGGACUCUGGUCAGUACAGGUGUGUCGCCUCCAACAAACAUGGCGAGAUCGAGUGCAACACUGACAUGCACGUAGAUGAAAAGAAGGACGUAGCGAUGCUUGAGGGAGACCUCCGCGCUAAACUGAAGAAAACUCCAUCAAAGCAAAAGAGCCCACAGGAGGAAAAAGACAUUGACAUAGUUGAGCUGUUGAGAAACGUGGACCCGAAAGAGUAUGAGAAAUACGCCCGGAUGUACGGUAUCACUGACUACCGAGGCCUACUGCAUGCAAUUGAGCAGCUCAAAAAAGAGAGAGCUGAAGAAAGUGGAAGACAAGAGGUAGACCGUGGAGACAGAGAGUCUGACGAGGACAUGGCCAGGCUGGUGGCUGACCUGCAAAAGAGGAUGGAACGGACUGAGCCUGUCACUGUGGUGAAGGACAUUUCCAAUCAAUCUGUCUUCAUUAAUGAAGAAGCAGUGUUCGAGUGUGAGAUCAAGAUCAACUACCUAGAGAUCACACUGUCCUGGUACAAAGGCACACAGAAACUUGAUACUAGCGACAAGUACAAUAUCACCAUCAGCGGCGACCGCCAUCUUCUCAGGAUCAAGAACUGCCAGUCAUCUGACCAGGGCAACUACAGGGUGGUGUGCGGGCCCCACAUAUCCAGUGCCAAGCUCAGUGUCAUGGAGGUGGAGGUUGAGAAACAUCUACAGGACACAAUGGGUAAGGAAGGCCAGUCAUGUACUAUGUCAUGUCAGAUGUCCAUCCCUAAUGUAGAGGCUCAGUGGUUUAAAAAUGGAAAGCAGUUAGAAAUGAAGGACAGGUACACAUCUGAGGUGAAACACAAGGUUCAGAAGCUACUGAUCAGAGACCUGAAGCCUGAAGACCAAGGAAGAUACACCUGCAAGUACCAACAGCUGGAGUCUUCAGCAGACCUCUGGGUGGAAGCUGAACAAAUUCAUUUCACCAAACGCAUCCACAACAUCGAAGUCAAUGAGCGACAGUCAGCCACCUUUGAGUGUGAAGUGUCCUUUGACAAUGCCAUUGUUUCAUGGUACAAAGACACCUGGGAACUGAAAGAGAGCCCUAAGUACAACUUCAGAAGCGAGGGCCGAAGACAUUUCAUGGUCAUUCAAAACGUGACCGUUGAAGACGAAGGCGUGUACUCAGUAAUUGUGAGGUUGGAACCCAGGGGAGAGGCUAAGAGCACAGCUGAGCUUUAUUUGUCUGGCAAAGAAAUCGAAUUAGCAAUGGUCCCCAUUGAUAUGCCAGAUUCCUCUGUUCAGAGGCCUGAAGUGCCUACGUCAGUUGCAAUUCAAGAGUCUUAUGAAUUCUAUCAUUAUGAAGAAGAGAUUGAAGCAGUUGUAAGAGUUGCCAUUGAGGAGACAGUGGAGACCAAACAAGUUCAAAUGAGAGAGGAAAUCCCAACAAAAGUUGAGGAAAGGCCUAAAGAGAAGCCAACACCAGCAUCACCACAGAGAGAGCCUGAAGCCAGAAAGCAAGUGGAGGAAAAGAUUCCUGUGGUUUCAGUCCCAGAAAAGGAUGUUCCUGUUCCCAGAGAAACAGAGGAAGUCAAAAAGCCAACUGCUUCCCCACCUCCACCUACUGAGAAGCCUGGAGUGCUAAAGAAAGAUGAACCCAAGCCUCAGGUGCCAGCAGACUCCAAAGUAGUGGCCCCUAAAGCUAAGCCUGAAGCUGAGCCCAAGCCCAAACCCAAAGCAGAACCAGAAGCAAAGCCAGUGCCUACACCCAAAGCAGAACCCAAGGUUAAACCUGAACAAAUCCCCGAGCAGGAGCCUGAAGCUAAACCAGUACCAGUAAAGAAAGUGGUGACGCCACCAUCCAAAGUCCCUGAAGAAGCUGCAAAACCAGAUCCAUCAAAGACCAGGCGCAAGCCAGCUGAAACCAGGCUAGAACCAGACAAACCUAAACCGGAAGCUCGUAAACCCGAGCCUUCUCUAACAAAACCAGAACCAAAAGAACCUGCAGUGGUUCCCAAGCCUGAACCUGUGGUGAAAAAAUCAGAAGCAGAAAUAACAGCACCGAAGCCUGCGGUGCCAAAACCGGAACCCCCAGCGACCAAACCGGAACCCCCAGCGACCAAACCAGAACCCCCAGCAACCAAACCAGAACCCCCAGCAACCAAACCAGAACCAACUCCUGCACCAAAGGAACCUACAAAAAAAGCAUCAGAAGAACCAGCAAAGAAGGAGGUUUCAUCUCCAAUCCAACCACCCCAACCUUCACUUGCACAACCAGAAAAGUUUGAGGAACAAGCGCCACAGAAGAAACCUGUGGCAGUUAAAGUUCCUGUGGAGGAAAAAAUAACUGAGCUUCCAAAAGCAGCCAAGAAAGCAGAGCCUGCUGUCGUUCCACCAAAGGAAGAACCAACAAAGAAAGAGAAAGCUUUGAAGCUCGAACCUAAAGCUGUACCUGAAAAAAGCUAUCAGAAGGUGUUUGAUGAGGUUGCUGUGUUGGAGCCUGAACCUGUGAGGCUUCCUGAGAAAAUAUCUGAAUCAGUACCCGAGAGACGCUUGGAGAAAGUGCCGAAACCCGAGAAAGGCGUGAAGGAAAUUCCAAAGCUGGAGCCAGAAAAAUUACCUGAGAAAGUACCAGAAAAACCACGUGAGGAAAAAGUCCCAGAGGAGGCUCUUCCUAAGAGGAAGCCUGUAAAUGUUCCUCAGAAGGUGGUUGAAGAAGCUUUGGUUACUGAGAAGCAGACAUCUGUAAGCACUGAGGAAAUCAAAGUUGAGCUCAUUUCAAAGAAGCAAACAGAGAAGAUCUCCGUAGAGAAAACAGUUCACGUAAAGGCCCCUGAUAAAAUACCUGAUAUUGUAUCUAAGGCCAAACCUAAACAAGAGGUAGAAGAAAUUCUUCCUAAAGAAACCGAAGCUAAGAAGAUUGAGAGGAUUCUGCACACAGAGGUUGAACAGGAUAUAAAAAUUUAUGCUACUAAAAAAGAAACAGAAGACACGAUUCUCACUGCGGCUCCUGAUGCUUUGCCGCCUGAAACACAAGUUGCGGCUAAAACAGAAAGACUAGAGAGAGUUGUUGUAAAGGAGAAGGAGUUGGUGCCAGAAAUCAAAGAAUCACUGGUAAAGCCAGCUGCUCCACCAAAAGAGAGCAAACCACAAGCUGCUGUUAAAGAUCAAGAAGCUGCCAAAAAGCCUGAAGUCACUGAUACUGCCAAGUUAAAAAAGCCAAUCACUCCACCAGAAGAAAAGCCAGUGGUCGCGACAAAGCCCGUUAAGACGGCUGAAGAACCAACUAAGAUGAUUGCAGAGGAGGAAAAACCAGUAACAAAAAAGAUAUCACCUGGAACAGAUGAAUCCAAGGGGCCAGUCCAAGCACCAGGAGGAGUCAAGAAAGCGUUUGAUGCCUCAGAAACAGUUCUACACAAAAAAGGUCAAAAGGUCAAAUUGGAAGAGGAAGGGACGUUUGAGAUCCCCACGUUGAGAAAGACAACCAGGGUCAUGAGAGAGGUGGAAGAAGAACAAGAGAUCAUCAUAUUGAAGAAGAUCCCAUCAGUUCCACACAAAGAGCCUGAACAAGAGGAAUUACCUCUCGUCACCAGGACCACAGUUGUUAAUGUUGAGGAGAUGGUGCAUAAAGAAGAAGCUGCUGAGAUUAUGUUUGUCACCACGAGAUAUGAGGAGGAGAAGAAGCUAAAAGACAAAGCAGAUGUGGUGAAAAAGCCAAAAGUUAUUCAACCUAAAGAAGAAAAGGAACAGAAAGAGACUCCUAAAGAUGCGUGGACCCGGCAGAAGCCUGGCGCAAAAGAUGAGAAACCCAAAGAUACCAUUUCUCUGAAGAAAACUCCCAAGACACCUAAGGAGGAGGAAAGUGCCCCACCCAGUACAGCCCUAAAGAAAGUUAAAAAAUUGCCUUUAGAUGAAGUGGAACCAGAAGUAGUCAAACUGAAACCCUUCGAGAAGCCUCUUAAACCAGCAGAGGAUCCAGAGAAAGACAAGAAGGAGAGGCCAGAGAAGGACACGUCACCUUUUCAGAAGGGGGAAAGGCUUCCCAGACAGGUGGAAACCACAGAACCUCCAAAGCAAUCUGAGAAAGAACCUGUUGAAGUAAAAGAGCCACCAGCCAAGGUGCCAAAACCAGGAGACCAAAAGAAAUCUCCAGAGAAGGAGCCUGAAGAGGACAAAAGGCCAAAAAAGGUGAAGAAGAUUCCAACAGUGGAACCAGAGAUAGAAACAGUCAAGUUGAAGCCCUUUGACAGGCCGGCCAAGCAGGCUACAGAGCCUGAGAAGAAACCCGCAGAGGAGAAAGAAAGGAGGCCAACUGAUGAUCUGCCAAAACGUCACACAAGUCCAGCUGAGACCCCUGAAGAACGGAAACAACAGGCUAAACCAAAGAAACCUGAGAUCCCAGAAGCUCCAGAGAAGAAGCCGGUGAAACCGGAGAAGGUAGAUGCAGCUCCCUUGGAAAAGACCAUACUUCCUGUUCCAGCCCCUGCUGAGAAACCUGAAAAGGUUCUCGAGGAGAAAAAACCUCUGCCAGUGAAGAAAAAAGUGUUAUCAAAGGAAAAAGAGGAAGUAUCUCUAAAACCUGUAGAGCAGCUCAAGAAGGUAGAGCUCAAAAAGACUCCAUCCCCGAAAGUUGAGAAACUUAAAGAAGCAGAGACAGCUGCAGCUGAGAGAAGGCCAAGUCUCGACAAACUCAAAAAGCUUCCUAAAACUGUUUCACCCAAAGAAUCUAUUGAGGAUGUGACUCUAAAGAAAGUCCCAAAGAAGCCUUUGCAAGAGGAAGCCAAGGUUGCAGAACCGGCAAAGCCUGAUGAAGGAAAGGUUCCCUUGGUAAAGGAAGUCUCUCCUGGAGCCGUGGAGAUGAAGAAGGUUGCCACUCAGGCAGAGGAGGAAGUAUUUGAAGAGGAGUUUGAAGCUGAGAGUGAGGCUGUGCCAGAGGGCGAGGAGGCAUGGUGCUGGGAGCUGGUUCCAGAUGAGAGUUACGAGCUAGAGGACUGGGAAGGUGAAGCAGAGGAAGGUGCUGUGAUGGUUCCAGGGGUGGCCAGGAGAGAGGGACAACCAACAGAGGAAGCAGGAAGAGGUAGAGGUAGAGGGCUGAAACCUAAGCAGACCCCAUCUCCUGGAGAGGGCAGGGGUCGGGGGCUGAGGCCUGGUGGGAAAGGACCGCCACCACCAGAGGAACCUUUUGCAGGGUUCAAGCUCAAAGCUGUCCCGCUGAAGUUCAUCAAAAAGCUCCAGAACAUUGUUCUGCAGGAAGCCGAGUCUAUCGGCUCAUCUGCUGUCUUUGAAUGUGAGGUCUCACCUUCCACUGCUGUUACUUCUUGGAUGAAAGAUGAUAGUAAUCUCCGUGAGAGCCCCAAGCACAAGUUCACUUCGGAUGGCAAAGAUCGCAAAUUGAACAUCAUUGAUGUCCAGCUGUCUGACACUGGGGAAUAUACGUGCGUGGCCAAGAACGCUGGCAAAGAGAUAUCUUGCACCGCUAAGCUCAUCGUUGAAGAGCUUCCUGUGAAAUGGAUCAAAGAACUGGAAGAGGAGACAUCAGCAAUCAAGGGCCAGCCUGUGUAUAUGACCUGCGAGCUGAACAAAGAGAGGGAUGUGAUAUGGAAGAGGAAUGGUGAGGUCCUCAAGAAAAAGCAGAACAAGAUUCAGAUCAAUAUCAUUGGUAUGCAGCACGCGGUGACCAUCCAGAACUCCACGGAGGAGGACGCCGGUGUUUUCUCGUGUGAAGUGGCUGGACAGGAAGACGUUAAGACUUCAACAAAUGUCAAAGUGAUUGAAAUUAUCAAAGACUGGAUAGUGAAACCACUGAGAGAUCAGCAUGUAAAACCAAAGGCUGCUGCAACAUUUAAAUGCGAGCUUUUCAAGGACACUCCCAACUGGAAGUGGCUCAAAGGAGAGAAUGAAGUCCAGCCGUCUGACAAGAUUGAGAUCAAGAAGGAAGGAAAGGAGCUGACGCUCGUCGUUAAGAACUGCCAGCCUGAUGAUGUAGCAGAAUAUGCGCUGGAGGUGGAAGGACGCAUCUACACUGCCAAGCUAACACUCGGAGAGCGGGAGGCUGAGAUCCUAAAGCCGUUGGUCAGCGUCGAGGUGGUUGAGAAGGAAGAUGCCAUGUUUGAGACUGAGAUUUCUGAGGACGACAUUCCCGGGGAAUGGAAGCUCAAAGGAGAGGUUUUGACCAGAUCCCCGACAUGCGACAUCCAAAUGGAGGGUACAGUGCGUAGACUCAAGCUAAAAAACUGCCAGCUGGACCAGGCGGGAGAAGUGACUUACAUGGCUCUGAACGCCAUAACCAGCGCCAUGCUUAAUGUCAAAGAAACUGUAAAGGAAGGCGAAACAGCUCGCUUUGAGCUGGAGCUUUCUCACGAGAACAUCCCCGUCACCUGGUACAAGAACGACAACAAAAUUCAUCCGAGCAGAACUGUUGUCAUUCAUGUGGAUGGAAAGAAGCACGCGCUAGAAAUGAGAGAAGUGACUCUAGAUGAUAUCUGCCAAAUUAAGGCUGAGGCCAAAGGAAUUCUUUCCAUGGCCAACCUGACAGUUAUAGAGGGAGAUCCGUACUUCACAGUUAAGCUGCAGGACUAUACUGCAGUGGAGAAAGAUGAGGUGGUUCUAGAUUGCGAGCUCAGCAAAGACGUCGAUGUCAUGUGGUACCACAAUGAGGCCGAGAUCAAGGCUUCUAAGACGGUGAACGUUAAAGCUGAAGGCAAACGCAGAGUCCUCAUAAUCAAGAGAGUUGGGGACAAAGACAAAGGACAGUACCUGUGUGACUGUGGGACAGACAAGACGACUGCGACUCUUCACAUUGAAGGUAAAGACCCAGAAAUCUUUUGAGUCGAGCUCAGUGAAGACGAUGUCCAUGGCCAGUGGAAACUGAAUGGAGAACUCCUCAGUCCAUCCGCUGAUGUUGAAAUCGUGGAGGACGGUGCCAAACAUACUCUGGUCUUGUACAACUGCAGAGUACCUCAGACCGGCGAGGUCAUGUUCACCGCUGCUAACGCCAAAUGCUCUGCUAACCUGAAAGUCAAGGAGGUCCCCGUGUCAUUCAUUACACCUCUGGCUGAUGUACAUGUGUAUGAAAAGGAUGAAGCAAAAUUUGAAGUAGAAAUUUCCCGGGAGCCCAAAAGCUUCCGUUGGCUGAAGGGAUCUCAAGAGUUGUCAACGGAUGACAAGUUUGAACUCCACGUGGAAGGAAAGAGACACAGUCUUUUUGUCAAAUCUGCCAGAUAUGAAGAUGAAGGUAAAUACAUGUUCGAGGCUGAAGAUAAGAGGACAUCCGGGAAGUUGAUUAUCAAAGGUAUUCGCCUUGCAUUUAUCAAGCCAAUAAGAGAUGUGACUGUAAAGGAACGUGAAACUGCAGAGUUCAGCGUCGAACUCUCUCAUGAGAAAAUCCCAGUCGUCUGGUACAAAAACGACGUCCGUUUGCACCCCAGCAAAGUGGUGCACAUGUCCGAGGAAGGGAAAGUGCACACGCUGGCCUUCAAGGAGGUCACGAUUGAUGACACGUCUAUGAUCAAAGUGGAGGCGAUGGGCAAGACUUCAGAGGCCAUGCUCACCGUUCUCGAGGGCGACCUGUACUUCACAGUGAAGCUCCAGAAUUACACCGCUGUUGAGAAAGAUGAGGUGGUUUUGUCCUGCGAGUUGAGUAAGGCCUCCGCUGAGGUCAAAUGGUUCAAAGAUGGCGAAGAAAUCUUUCCCUCCAAGAACAUUUCCUUCAAAUCUGAUGGCAAGAAACAUAUGUUGGUCAUCAAGAAGGCAGCAAAGGGCAACAUGGGCGCUUACAGCUGCGACUGUGGAACCGACAAAACCACUGCUGACCUUAACAUCGAAGAACGUGACAUCAAGGUCGUCCGCCCACUGUACAGCGUGGAAGUUACAGAGACCGAGACGGCGAAGUUUGAGACAGAGAUUUCUGAGGACGACCUUCAUGCCACCUGGAAACUGAAGGGCGAGACACUUCAUCCAUCCGCUAAUGUGGAGAUCAAGGAGGAAGGAAGCCGGCACUUGUUGACCCUCUAUAACUGCAAAAUGGACAUGGCUGGAAGUGUUGACUUUGCAGCAGCGAAUGCCAAAUCCUCAGCUCAGCUCAGGGUCAAAGCCCGAGUGAUUGGCCUCCAGAGGCCUCUGAAGGAUGUCACCGUGACUGCUGGGGAGACUGCCACCUUUGAGUGCGAGCUGUCAUACGAAGGCAUCGCUGUCGAGUGGUUCCUGGGGGAUACAAAGCUGGAGCCAAGCGAUAGAGUGGUGUUGAAGGCGGAGGGUAAAGUCCACACCCUGACUCUACGCAAUGUCGCGCAAAACGAAGCCGGACAAAUCAAACUCGCAGCCAAAGACUUCCAGACUGAGGCCAGUCUUACUGUCAAAGAACCACCAGUGGAGUUCACUAAGCCUCUGGAGGACCAGACAGUGGAAGAGGAGGCCACGGCCACACUCGAAUGUGAAGUUUCCAGGGAAAAUGCAGAAGUGCAAUGGUUCAGGGAUGGACAGGAGAUCCGCAAGACAAAGAAAUAUGAGAUGAUCGUUGACGGCUGCAAGCGAGCGCUGCUCAUCCACGACUGCACUUUGGACGACUCAAGAACAUAUGCUUGUGACGCUAAAGGCUUCAAAACCUCAUGCUUCCUCAAUGUUGAACCUCCACACAUUGAGUUCUCAAAGCCGCUCCACGACGUCGAGGUUGUAGAGAAGGAAUCUGCCAGGUUUGAAUGUGAAGUGUCCAGAGAAGACGUCAAAGUCCGCUGGUUUAAGGACGGAAAUGAAAUCAGAAAGGGAAAGAAAUACGAAAUUAUCGCACAAGGUCGCCAGCACAUCCUCAUCAUCCACAAGUCUGUGUUUGACGAUGAGGCUGAAUACGAAUGUGAUGCAAAGACCUCAAAGUCCUCUGGCAUGCUCACUGUCGUUGAGGAGGAGACGAGGUUCACCAAGAACCUGUUCAACGUGGAGGGAACUGAGACCGACAGCGUCAAACUUAUUUGUGAAAUCUCCAAACCCAGCGCAGACGUUAUCUGGUACAAAGGAGACACGGAGCUGCCAGAGGGCGGCCGCUAUGAGCAAAUUGUAGAUGGGAAGAGAAGGAUUCUCCUCAUCAAGGAUCUGAACAUGUCUGAUGCUGGAGAGUACAACUGCAGGCUAAGUCCCAGCAACAAAACUUCAGGAAAUCUCAAGAUUAAUGAAUUAGCUGCUGAGUUCAUCUCAAGGCCACAAAGCCUAGAAGUGGUGGAAGGAGAGAAGGCAGCGUUCACGUGCUCCGUAUCCAAGGAGACCUAUGAAGUCAAAUGGAUGAAGGAUGACGUGGAGCUCGAGGCCGGAGAGAAGUACCAGAUAGUCACCGAUGGCAAGAGACGAAUCCUUGAAAUCAAGGACUGUGAACUUAAAGAUGAGGGCGGAUACAUAGUUAUGAUUGGACCAACUAGAGCCAGCGCCGACCUUACUGUGCUCGAGAGACUGAAAAUCAUCACUCCUCUAAAAGACACGGAGGGCAAAGAAGGUCAAGAGGUUGUGCUGAACUGUGAGGUCAACACAGAGGGAGCAAAGGCCAAGUGGCUGAAGAACGACGACACCAUAUUUGAGAGCAGCAAGUACGUAAUAACCCAGAGAGACAAUGUCUUCUCCCUGAGAAUCAAAGAAGUCCAGAAGGGAGACGAAUCCAACUACAGCAUCAACUUGACCAAUCAGAGAGGAGACCACGCCAAGAGCCACUGCAGCCUGACCAUCAGAGAGGAGAGUCUAAGAAUUGUGGUGCCCCCGGAGGACAUUGACACUCAGGAGAAGAAGACCAUCAGCUUCUCUUGUAAGGUCAACAGGCCCAACGCCACUCUGAAGUGGAUGAAGGCUGGCGAGGAGAUCACCCUCAACAAACGCAUUGUCUACAGAGUCGACAAAGACAAGCAUACGCUUACCAUCAAAGACUGCACCCUGGCCGACGAGGGUGAGUACACAGCCGUAGCCGGAGACGACAAAGCCACAGCAGAGCUCAUCAUCAGCGAGGCGCCGACGGAUUUCAACGUGCACCUAAAAGACCAAACGAUCACCGAGUUCGAGGACGCAGAAUUUACAUGCAAGUUGACCAAAGAGAAAGCUGAAGUCAAGUGGUACAGGAAUGGCCGAGAGAUCAGAGAAGGACCCAGGUGUGUUUCUUUUCCUCUGUAUGUCCCAGGACCUGUGAAGAACCUCCAGGUGACUGACACUGCAGAUGGUGAGAUCAGCCUCGCAUGGGAGGAGCCUGAGAGCGAUGGCGGCAGUAAAGUCAUCGGCUACGUAGUGGAGAGACGUGAUGAGAAGCGUAAGACCUGGACACUGGCCACCGACCACGCCGAAAGUCCUGAAUACACAGUGACCGGCCUCCAGAAGGAGUCCAAGUACCUAUUCAGAGUCUGUGCCCGAAACCGGGUCGGCAGCGGACCCACUGUGGAGACUGACGAAGCCGUGCAAGCUAAGAACAAGUUUGAUGUUCCUGAAGCUCCUCUGAAUGUGAUCGUGGGAAACGUCACCAAGUUUGGCUGCACUCUGUCUUGGGAGCCUCCCACGUCAGAUGGAGGCUCUCCCAUCACCUCUUAUAUCAUUGAGCUGCGCGACAGGACGUCAGUGAAGUGGUCUCCUGUCCUGGUGACCAAACCCGAUGACCUCAGUGCCAUCGUUAAUGAUGUCAUUGAGAAUAAAGAGUACAUUUUUAGAGUGAAAGCUGAGAACAGAGCCGGUGUCGGCAAACCCAGUGCUGCCUCGCAGCCCGUCAAAAUCAUGGAUCCAAUCGAGCCCCCCAGCCCCCCUCUGAACCUGUCCUGGCAGGACCAGAACAAGAGCGCAGUGCAGCUCACCUGGGAGACUCCACUGAAGAACGGAGGCAGCAUGAUCACCGGAUACAUCAUUGAACGCUGUGAGGACGGUUCGGACAAGUGGCUCCGCUGCAACGCCCGUCUCUGCCCUGACCUCUUCUACAAGGUGUCAGGUCUGAAAUAUGGGACUAAGUACAACUACAGAGUGUUUGCUGAAAACGCUGCCGGAGUCUCUGAGCCUUCGAAUAUCAUCGGACCUCUGCUAGCUGACGACCCACAUGUUGGUCCAAGCUUUGACCUGAGUGCUUUUAAAGAUGGCCUGGAAGUGAUUGUUCCCCAGCCUCUCACCAUCAGAGUCCCCAUAACUGGAUAUCCAAUACCUGUUGCCAAGUGGACCUUCGGAGAGAAGGAGCUAUCCAGCGCGCAAGAUGAGCGGGUUUUCCUCAUGACAAGGUCAACAUUUACAGAACUAAUGGUCACUCCGAGUGUCCGUCCAGACAAAGGCAUCUACACGCUGCAUCUGGAGAAUGAUGUCACAUCGGUGUCUGGAGAGAUUGAAGUCAAUGUUAUUGCUGCACCCAGUGCUCCAAAGGACUUCAAGGUCCUUGAGGUGACUCGGCAGCAUGUCCACCUGAGCUGGGAGGCUCCAGAGCAUGAUGGAGGAAGUCCUCUGAUUGGCUACCAGGUGGAGAAACGAGACGUGUCCCGCAAGACCUGGGUCAAGGUGGCCACAGGGCUCCAGGAUCUGGAGUUCACCGUUACUGACGUGAUUGAAGGGAAGGAGUAUUUGUUCAGAGUCACCGCCUGCAACAAAUGUGGACCGGGAGAGCCAGCAUAUAUUGACGAGCCAGUUAACGUCUCCUCUCCUGCAACUGUCCCCGACCCUCCAGAAAACCUGAGGUGGAGGGACAAGUCAGCCAGUGGCAUCUUCCUGACCUGGGAGCCGCCAAAGUAUGAUGGCGGAAGCGGCAUCCGGGGCUACAAUGUUGAACGCUGUCAGAGGGGAACGGAUAAGUGGGAGCCCUGUGGGGACUUGGUGCCUGAGCUGAAGUGCCAGGUGACGAAUCUUAUUGAGGGUCAGUGGUACUCUUACAGAAUCAGAGCCCUGAACCGACUUGGAGCCAGCCGGCCCUGCAAAGCCACUGAUGAGAUCCAGGCUGUUGAUCCUAAAGAGCCUCCAGAGAUCCAGCUGGAUGCCAAGCUUCUGGCUGGUCUGACUGCUAAGGCUGGCAGCAAGAUUGAACUUCCUGCUGAUGUGACAGGUAAGCCUGAGCCACGAGUCAAGUGGACCAAAGCCGACCUGGUCCUCAAACCAGACGACAGGGUGUCCAUUGACACCAAGCCAGGACACUCCAUGGUCACCAUCGCCAAGACAAAGAGAGAUGACAGUUCCACGUAUAUCAUCGAAGCCACCAACAGCAGCGGUCGUGCCACCGCCACUGUGGAUGUCAACAUCCUUGAUAAGCCUGGUCCUCCUGCUGCUUUUGACAUUUCUGAAAUCACCAAUGAGUCCUGCUUUCUGGCUUGGAACCCUCCACGUGAUGAUGGUGGCUCCAAAGUUACCAACUAUAUUGUUGAACGGCGAGCUGCUGAUAGUGAGAUCUGGCACAGACUGUCCUCCACUGUGAAGCAGACCACAUACAAAGCUACCGGUCUGAUCAAGUUCAAGGACUACAUCUUCAGAGUAUUUGCUGAAAACCAGUUUGGUGUUGGUCCAGCUGCUGAACACCCACCAAUCACUGCCAAAUACCCCUUUGAUACUCCCGGGGCUCCUUACAAGCUGGAGGCUUCAGAUAUUGCAAAGGACUCUGUGAAUCUGAACUGGUGUGAGCCCGAUGAGGAUGGAGGAAGCCCAAUUACUGGAUACUGGGUGGAGAGAUACGAAGCUGACCAUGACAAGUGGAUGAGAUGCAACAAGCUGCCGGUCAAAGACACAAACUACAGGGUCAAAGGUCUUCCAACCAGGAAGAAGUAUAAGUUCCGAGUCCUUGCUGAGAAUCUGGCCGGAACUGGAAAACCCAGCAAGGAGACAGAUCCAAUCCUUGUUAAAGAUCCUAUUGACCCUCCAUGGCCCCCUGGCAAACCCACAGUGAAGGACGUAGCUAAGACGUCAUGCUUCCUAAUGUGGACCAAACCAGAGCAUGAUGGCGGAGCAAAGAUUGAUAGCUAUGUCAUUGAGAUGCUAAAGACCGGCACCACGGACUGGAUCCGCGUGGCAGAGAACAUCCCCAUGCUGGAAUAUUUCCUAAAGGGCCUGAUGGAGAAGCAGGAGUACUCGUUUAGAGUGCGAGCUGUUAACGUGGCUGGAGAGAGCGAACCCAGUGAACCCAGUGACCCAGUGCUCUGCAAAGAGAGACUCAACCCCCCCACAGCUCCACGCUGGUUAGAGGUUGUCAGCAUCAGCAGGAACAGUGCUGAGCUGAAAUGGGCAGUUCCUGAGCGCAAUGGAGGUUCAGCCAUCACCAACUACAUUGUGGAGAAACGUGACGUGAGGCGUAAAGGUUGGCAGACUGUGGACACCACAGUCAAAGAGCUGAAGUGCGACGUGAAGCCGCUCAAUGAAGGGUCGCUUUAUGUGUUCCGUGUUGCUGCUGAGAACGCUGUGGGUGUCGGACCCUUCUGUGAGAUGGAGGACUCUGUGCUGGCGAAAGACACUUUCAGUACUCCUGGCCCACCCUACGCUCUCGCUGUCAGUGCUGUGACCAAAAGAUAUGUGGACUUGCAGUGGGAGGCACCGAAAAACGAUGGUGGAAGACCCAUCCUCAGGUAUUCCAUUGAGAAAAAAGAGAAGCUUGGAACUCGCUGGGUAAAAUGUGGGAAGACUUCGGGUCCAGACUGUAAGUACAGGGUAACAGACGUCAUUGAGGGAACAGAGGUUCAGUUCCAGGUCCGAGCUGAGAACGAGGCUGGCAGUGGACACCCAAGUGAACCCACCGAGAUUCUCACCAUAGAAGAUCCAACAGGCAUCCCAUCACCACCCAUCGAAUUACACGUGACUGGAGCCAGCCGAGACUUCCUGGCAAUUGCCUGGAAACCUCCACAAUCAGAUGGCGGUGCCCCUCUCAGAGGAUACCACAUUGAGAUGUGCGAGGCUGGAACUGAGAAGUGGAUGAGGGUGAACUCCCGUCCAGUGAAGGAGCUCAAGUACUGCGUAGAGGAGGGUGUGACCCCUGAAAAGGAGUACAUUCUGAGAGUGAGGGCCGUUAACGCUCUCGGAGAGAGCGAACCGUCGGACAUCUCUGAAAAUGUCUUUGCCAAAGACUCUGACUGCAACCCAACUCUGGAAUUCCAGACUCUGGAUCUAGUUGUUGUGGAAACAGAAAAGCUGCACAUUCCAGUUCCCUUUAGAGCCGUCCCCUCACCUAAAAUCACCUGGCACAAAGAUGGCAAAGAGCUGAAGGCGGAUGAACGCCUUGGCUUUAGGAAGGAGUAUACCUCCUGUCACCUGGAGAUUGACAGCAGUCUUCACGCCGAUGCUGGAGUGUACAAAGUGACACUAGAAAACAAGCUGGGAAGUGCCAGUGCCACCAUCAAUGUCAAAGUCAUCGGGCUUCCUGGUCCUUGCAAGGAAAUUGUGGCUUCUGAGAUCACAAAGAGCUCCUGUAAAGUUUCAUGGGAUCCACCAGAUUAUGAUGGUGGUAGUCCAAUUCUUCACUAUGUCUUGCAGCGGCGCGAGGCUGGCAGGAGGACGUACAUCAACAUAAUGUCAGGAGAGUGCAAGGUGAGCUGGGUGGUCAAAGAUCUCAUCCACAAUGGAGAGUACUACUUCAGGGUCCAGGCCGUUAACAAGAUUGGAGGAGGAGAGUUCAUCGAGCUCCGCAACCCAGUCAUCGCCGAGGACCAGAAACAUGCUCCUGACCCACCAGUGGAUGUGGAGACCCACAACCCCACAUCCAGUACUGUUACUCUAACCUGGAAGCCUCCCAUGUAUGAUGGUGGCUCCAAAAUCAUGGGCUACAUCCUAGAGAAGCAGCAGAGAGGAGAGGACAAGUGGGAGAGGUGCAAUGACUUCCUGGUGCCUGUACUAUCCUACACCGUCAGAGGAUUGAUAGAAGGAAAGAACUUCACCUUUAGAGUCAGAGCUGAAAAUGCUGCUGGGAUCAGUGAGCCAUCACGCAACACGCCAUUUAUCAAGGCCGCCGAUACCAUUGAUCCUCCAAAGGUUUUCCUGAGUGGCAGCUUGCAGUCUGGUCUCAGCGUGAAGCGAGGCUACGAGAUCUGCCUGGAUGCCAACAUUUCAGGAUCUCCGUACCCUGAGAUCACCUGGUACUGGAACAAACAAUCAAUUCGGCCUGAGCCACUCCGGAAGAGACCUGAAAAACCACUGAAGAAGAAGGUGGAAAAGAAGGAAGAGGAAAAGAAGGAGGAAAAGGAGAAAGAAGAGGGGACAGCUGAGAAGAAAGAGGAGAAGGAGGGAGAGGUGAAAGAACCUGAGGAAAAAGAAGGCGAGGUGAAAAAGGAGGAGGAAGUUCCACAACCAGAGGUCGAGGAGCCAGACUACCCCACCAUAAAUGAACGCCUGGCCAUCGACAAUAGCCACAAGGGUGUAUCCUCUAUCAUUAUCAGGGACUCGAUUCGCCCUGAUCAUGGUGUCUACAUGGUGAAGGUGGAGAACGACCAUGGCAUUGCCUCGGCAACCUGCGAGGUCAACGUACUCGAUAUUCCCGGGCCUCCAGUAAACUUUAGAUUCGAGGAGGUGAGGAAGAACUCCAUGAUCUGCAAGUGGGAUCCUCCUCUGGAUGAUGGUGGCAGCGAGAUUCUCAACUACACCCUGGAACAGAAAGACAACUCCAAGCUGGAGAUUGGUUGGAGCACCGUUACCGCGAUAUUGAAAGGAUGUCGUUUCUUGGUGCCCAAACUCAUUGAGAAGAAGGAGUACAUCUUCAGGGUCGUGGCUGAGAACAAGUAUGGUACAGGCCCACCCUGUGUCUCCAAACCGGUCAUUGCCAAGAAUCCUUUUGAACCUCCCGAAGCACCUGAUAAACCACAAGUUGAUGACAUCACAGCCAAUAGCAUGCUGGUCACAUGGAAUGAACCAAAUGAUAACGGCAGCCCCAUCUUGGGAUACUGGUUGGAGCGCCGUGAGAUCAACAGCUCACACUGGGCACGUGUGAAUAGGAACAUCAUCGCGGAACCUGAGCUAAAUGUUGAAGGUCUGAUCGAGGGGCUGACUUACAUCUUUAGAGCGGCUGCCGAAAACCAGGCCGGCCCUGGAAAGUUCAGUGUUCCCUCUGAACCCAAGACUGCCCAGCCAGCUAUUUUGCCUCCAGGUCCUCCAGUUGCCCGAGUGGCAGAAACUAGUGACCACUCCAUCGAAGUUGAGUGGGACCCGCCUGCUGACAAUGGAGGUGGGGAAAUCCUGGGAUAUCAUGUGGAUAAGGCUAUGGCUGGUACCAAGGACUGGUCGAGAUCUACGGAACGUCCGUGGAAGACUCGGAACUUCACUGUUUAUGGAGUCAGAGAGGGAGCAAAGUACAUGGUCAGAGUCAUUGCCUGUAAUGCUGCUGGAGAGGGAACACCAGGAUUCACAGAGUCUGUAUUCGUCAGAAAUCCUGCAGAGAUCCCUGUAAUUGAAUUGGAUCUGUCUGUCAAGAAUGGCGUCGUGAUCAGAGCUGGAGAAAACCUCCUUAUACCUGCUAAAGUCACAGGUAAACCCUACCCAGCCAUCACCUGGACCAAGGAUGAGGGCAAACCUGACAAAGACCGUACGGAGAUCCUCACUGAGGACAACAACAGCAUCUUUUCAGUCAAGAAUGUCCAGAGGAAAGACUGCGGAAAAUAUCUAAUCUCCGCUUGCAACCCCAGUGGCAUCAAGUCUGCAUGGACCAGAGUGGAGGUCAUGGAUGUCCCGGGACCUGUCACAGACCUGAAGCCUGUUGUUGUCACUCGUAAGAUGAUCUUUCUGAACUGGGAUGACCCUGAAGACGAUGGAGGCAGUGACUUGACCGGCUUCCUCGUGGAGCGAAGAGAUCCCAAGAUGCACACAUGGAGGCAACCUGUUGAAACCAUCGCGUCCAAGUGUGAGUGUGUGGGCAUUAUGGAGGGACAAGAAUACCUGUUCCGUGUCUUCGCCAAGAACAAAUACGGCCUGGGCCCGCCUGUUGAACUAGAAACCAUCAAGGCUGUAGACCCACAGGGCCCACCAUCAUAUCCUGAGAAGUUCCACUACACUGAACGCACAAAGAACUCCAUCACCUUCACCUGGAAACCACCACGUAAUGAUGGCGGCAGCCCUAUCAUUGGUUACUUUGUUGAGAAAAAGAGGCAGGACCAGCAGGCCUUUGAGCCCUGCAACACUGAGAUCUGUCCCAACAUGACUAUGACUGUGGAGGGCCUGGAUGAAGCCUGGAUGUACGAGUUCAGAAUCAAGUGUGCCAACCUUAUUGGAGAGAGUGAGCCAUCCAUCCCACUGACUGUGGUUAUCCAAGACGAUGAAGUGUCUCCCGAGAUUCACAUGCUGAAGCAGUUCAAAGGGGACACCAUUACUGUGAAGAAGGGUGAAUCCAUCGAGAUCCCAGCUGAUGUCCUGGGUCUCCCCAUCCCUAAGGUUGAGUGGUCUAAGGAUGACGUAGUGAUCGAGAAGCCUACUGAGACUCUACUGAUGGAGACAAAUGUGACUGGCAGAAUGAAUUGCAAGACCAUGCUGUCCAUCCCAGCAGCCAACAGGAGGGACUGUGGCAGUUACACUGUGGCUGCCUCCAACAACAUGGGUUCAGCCAAGCACACGGUCUAUGUCAUGGUGCUUGACCGACCAACUCCACCAAGGAGAUUGACAGUAACCAAUAUCAGAGGUGAGUCCUGCUAUCUCAACUGGGACGCACCAAUUGAUAAUGGCGGAAGUGAACUGACCAACUACAUCAUUGAGAAGAAGGAAGUGGUAACAGAGGCGCCUGAGGUGGAAGAGGGACAGGAAGCUCCACCUGAACCGCAGUGGGAGGAGGUUACAAAUAGCAUAAUUGAGAGAAAAUAUGGGGUCUGGAACCUGGAAGACAAAAAGACCUACCUUUUCCGGGUACGGGCUGAGAACCGCUACGGUAAAUCUGAUCCCUGCACAACUGAGGAAGUUAAAAUUAUAGACCCCUUCGGCCUUCCUGGCCCACCAGAGAAACCAACAAUUGCAGAGUACUGCAAGACCUCCAUGACUCUAACCUGGGAAGCUCCCAGAGAUAAUGGAGGCUCCACGAUUAUUGGUUACUGGCUGGAAAAAAGGGAGAAAGGUACUGCUUACUGGGCUAAAGUCAAUAAGAUGCCCAUCACAAAGAGGGGCAUGAAAGGCUGGGAGUACCAGGUGACACGUCUGUUUGAAGGAACAGAGUACGAGUUUAGGGUCGCAGCCUGUAAUUCAGCAGGAACCGGACCUUUCAGUGGACCAUCUGACUCUGCCUUUGCUGUUGACCGUCUCACUCCUCCAAGCAUGCCUGCUGCUCCUCAGGUGGCUGAUAAGACCAAACACAAUGUCACACUCUCCUGGAAACCACCAGAGAGCGAUGGUGGCAGUCCCAUCAAGGGCUACAUUAUCCAGAUACAGGGUGAGGGGACAUCAGAGUGGGUGAGAGUAAAUGAUCCUGAAACCCUGGACCCCACUACUGAGUUUACAGUGCCGAGCCUCCGCGAGCUGAAGCGCUACCGCUUCAGGAUCAUUGCUGUCAAUGACGUUGGAGAGUCUGAUCCCAGCCCCCGCACUAGUGAAGUUCUUAUUCAGGAUGUCCAACUUCCACCUUCAAUCACACUUGAUAUGAUGGCAGAUGACCUGGUUUACAUCCGUGCUGGAGAUCCCAUUAGAAUCCCCACCACCAUCAAAGGCCGGCCCACUCCUAAGGUAACCUGGGACUUUGACGGCAAAGCCAAGACGCACAAGAAAAACAAACUCCACACACUGCCUGUGGACUCUGAGCUUGUUCAGGUGGAGUCCACAGACACCACUUCUGUUGUGACUAUACCUGUCAGUCUGAGGACUCACUCUGGACGUUACACCAUCACAGCCAAGAACAAGUCUGGACAGAAACACCUCAACAUCAGGGUCAUUGUCCUCGAUGUUCCCGGACCUCCAAAGGACUUAAAGAUUACUGACAUCACCCGAUCAACCAUGAGGCUGAUCUGGAAGCUCCCCGAUACAGAUGGAGGAGAGCGAAUCAAGAGUUACUUUAUUGAGAAGAAAUCGGUGACCGACAAGGCCUGGGCCCAGGUUAAUGUAGCCUGUGCUAGCCAGGCCUACGUGGUGCCAGGACUGCUAGAGGGUCAGGACUACCUGUUCAGAGUGCGAGCAGAGAACCGAUUGGGAUUCGGCCCGUUCACCGUCACCACUGAACCUGCCCGGGCCAGAGAUCCCAUCUACCCACCUGACCCCCCCACCAAGCUGAAGGUUAACCUGGUGACAAAGAACACUGUCACCUUGAGCUGGGAGGCUCCCAAAAAUAAUGGUGGCUCUCCUGUGAAGCAUUACAUCAUUGAACGUUUGAGCUGGGACACCACCGGCAAGGAGAAAGAGACCUGGAAACAGUGCAACAAGAGAGAUGUGGAAGAGCUCACCUUCGUGGUAGAGGAUCUCAAAGAGGGAGGAGAAUAUGAGUUCAGAGUAAAAGCUGUAAAUGCUGCUGGACCCAGCCGACCCUCUGCCACCGUUGGACCCAUGGUCAUCAAGGAUCAGACAUGUCCGCCCACUAUCGAACUACGCGAGGCUAUGGAGGGAGAGGAGGGCUGUGACAUCAGCAUCGUUGCAAAAGUUAGUGGCUGUCCGUUCCCCAGCCUCGUUUGGCACAAAGCCAGUCUGGACAAACCUGAGGAGAAGUCUGCCAUUCAGUACGACCAACAUAUCAACAAACUAGUGACCCAGGAUAAGUGCACCCUUCUAAUACAGCAAGCCAGCAGGCAUGACAGCUCACUCUACAGCCUGACAGCCACCAAUAGUCUGGGCACUGUUUGCAAGGGCAUCAAGCUCUCAGUGUUUGGCCCUCCCAGUGCCCCAGUGGGACCAGUCAAGUUCACGGAGGUGUUUGCAGAAAGAAUCGGCCUCGCCUGGAACCCUCCCAUCGAUGACGGUGGAUCUAAGAUCACCAACUACGUGGUUGAGAAGCGCGAGGAGAACAGGAAAUCCUGGGUCCAUGUCUCCAACAAUCCCAAAGAGUGUGCCUAUGUGGUAACCCGGCUGACCGAGAACCACGAGUAUGAGUUCAGAGUCAUGGCUCAAAACAAGUUUGGAGUCGGCCCACCAGUGGUCAGUGAACCAGAGAAGGCCAGAAAUCUCUUCAGUGAGUGUAGACCAUCACGUCUUCACCCUCAUUUUGGUGGUGAAACAUGUUUUACCGCUGUGUAUGCUUCUAAUCACAUAUUUCAAUUUGUACACGCAGAGCCUCCUGGACCGCCCACUCCAAAGGUAACGGACUGGACAAAGUCUACAGUUGAGCUCGAGUGGAUUCCGCCUCUGGUGGACGGAGGGUCAAAGGUCACAGGCUACAUUGUGGAGUUCCAGGAGGUGAACAAGGAGGAAGAGGAGAAGAAAGCUCAGAGGAGGCUACUCCUGAGCGUAGCUGAAGAGGAGAAGGAAACAGAAACUGAAGAGGCCUGGGUGAAGGCAAAGGACACUGAGAUCAGAGGAACUAAAUUUGUGGUGGCUGGCCUUAAGGAAGGCGGUCUGUACCGCUUCAGAGUCCGAGCUGUGAAUGCUGCUGGAGUAGGAGACCCUGGAUUAGUGUCUGAGCUAAUCGAGGUCAAAGACAGAACAAUUCCUCCUGAGAUGGAUCUCGACGCCUCGGUGAAGGAGAAAAUCGUAGUCCAUGCCGGUGGCACCAUCCGCAUUAUCGCCUACGUGUCCGGCAAACCUGCCCCACAGAUCACUUGGUGCCGGGAUGACAGCGAGGUGCCCAAAGAGGCCGUGGUGGAGACGACGGGCAUCUCUAAUUCACUGGUCAUUAAGAACUGCAGACGCCAACACCAGGGCAUCUAUACACUAAGUGCAAAGAACGAGGGCGGAGAGAGGAAGAAGGCGGUCAUUGUUGAGGUCCUGGACGUCCCUGGACCAGUUGGUCUUCCCUUCGCUGGAGAGAACCUGACCAAUGACUCCUGCAAGCUGACCUGGUACUUCCCCGAGGAUGAUGGCGGCUCAGCCAUUACCAACUAUAUUAUUGAGAAGAGAGAGGCAGACCGCAUGGGUUGGACCUCUGUAUCUUACACUGUGACAAGAAACAACGCUGUGGUACAAGGACUCAUCGAUGGCAAGGGCUACUUCUUCAGGAUUGCAGCUGAGAACAUCAUAGGCAUGGGACCUUUCAUCGAGACCGACAAGAUGGUUCUCAUCAAAGAUCCCAUCUGUAAUAGAGGAAGAUUUUCAGCUGAUAUAAUAACUAGCUUAACUGUUACCCCUGCAGAGCCACCGACUCUGGACCUGGACUUCAGGGAAAAGCUCAUGGUCAAGGUGGGAGACAACUGCAUGCUGUCGGGACGCUACAGUGGCAAACCGGCCCCGGCUAUCACCUGGACAAAGAAUGACGAGGAGCUGAAGGCAGAUGAGGACAUCAGCCUCCACAGCACCACCCACCACCUCAGCCUCAACAUCAGCAAGGCCAAGAGAGAACACAGCGGCCGCUAUUGUGUCAGCGUGGAGAACGCUGCCGGCACUCGCUCGGGAAUCUGCACCAUCACUGUGGUCGACCGUCCUCAGCCACCAGAGGGACCCGUAGAGUUCAACGAAGUCUACAGGAAUUACAUGGUGAUCUCCUGGAAGCCGCCGCUGGAUGACGGAGGCUGUGCUGUCUCCAACUACAUCAUUGAGAAGAGAGAUACCAACAGAGACCUGUGGAUGCCUGUCACCUCAUCCUGUACCAGAACCACCUGCAGAGUGCCAAAGCUAAUCGAGGGCCGGGAGUACAUCAUUCGUAUAAUGGCUCAAAACAUCUAUGGCAUCAGUGACCCUCUUCUGUCUGCAGAGACUAAAGCUAGAGACAUUUUCAAGACACCAGAUGCUCCCAAGCAGCCUCUGGUGAAGGAAGUUUACCAUGACUCUGCCCUAAUCAGCUGGGAGCCGCCUGCUGAUGGAGGGAAACCAAUCACAGGCUACAUUGUGGAGAGGAAGGAGACCAUGGCCAACAGGUGGGUUCGCUGCAACACGGAAAGAAUCCAUCCUAAGGUGGAGUAUUGGGUGACCGACCUCCUGAAAGGCUGCGAGUACGAGUUCAGGGUCAGUGCUGAGAAUGAAGUGGGAGCUGGAGACCCAAGCCCACCAUCGAAACCGGUCUUUGCCAAAGAUCCCAUUGUGAAACCUAGUCCGCCAGUGAAUCUAAAGGCUAUCGACUUCACCAAGGAGUCAGUUACGCUGUCAUGGGAGCCACCUACCGACACUGGCAGAGGAAAAAUCUUUGGAUACUUGCUGGAGUUCCAGGCAGCUGGAAAGGAGGAAUGGCUCAAGGUGAACCAGACUCCAGACUCCUGCAAAGAAACCAAGUUUAAGGUUAUCAACUUGGAAGAUGGUGUUUUGUACCGCUUCAGAGUCAUGGCUGUCAACGCUGCUGGGGAGUCCAACCCAGCCAGCCUUACUGAGCCAAUUAGAGUACAGGACAGACUUGAGCCUCCAGAGUUGAUUCUGGAUGCCGGAAUGACCCGAGAAAUUAAAGCCAUGGCUGGCACUCAUAUUGCUCUGAUAGCCAGCAUCAAAGGCGUCCCAUUUCCCACUGUCACCUGGAAGAAGAAUGACGCAGAGGUUCCCACUCGGGCAGAUAUCGAAACCAACCAGGCAGGCACCAAGCUGGAGAUGAGGUUCUGCCAUCGUGGUGACUGUGGAGAUUACACCCUAACUGUGGAGAAUCCAGCUGGAAGCAAGACUGUCACCUGCACUGUGCUGGUUCUUGACAAACCUGGUCCUGUCCAGCACCUGCGUGUGUCUGAUGUCAGGAGUGACUCUGCCUACCUGUCCUGGAAAGAUCCAGAGGAUAACGGUGGUACUCGCCUCACUAACUUUGUGGUAGAGAAGAAAGACACAGCUUCCACUCAGUGGGUCCCUAUCUGCUCUACAUCAAAGAAACGCAGUAUGAUGUUGAAAUACCUGAUGGAGGGCACAGCCUACUCGUUUAGAGUUGCUGCUGAAAACCAGUUUGGCCGCAGCGAAUAUGUCACGACACCAAAGGCCAUCAAGGCAAUGAACCCACUCUUCCCUCCUGGUCCUCCCAAAGACCUGCAUCAUGAUGAUGCGGACAAGACUGAGGUAUGGUUAGCGUGGAACUGGCCUGAUCGCAAUGGAGGAAGUGAAAUCACAGGCUUUCUGGUUGAGUAUCAAGAAGAGGGAGAGAAAGAGUGGUAUGAAUGGAAAACUGUCAGCAUCCCUGAGAGUCAUGUGACUGGUCUGGAGGAAGGAAAAACCUACCGCUUCAGAGUGAGGGCUGAGAAUGCCAUUGGCCUCAGCAGACCUGAUACCACAGUGCCUAUCCUCUGCCAGGAGAAACUAGUGCCCCCAAUUGUUGAAGUUGAUGUUAAACUCACUGAAGGCAUCAUUGUGAAGGCCGGGACUACCAUCAGACUGCCAGCUAUAAUGAGAGGAAUCCCUGUCCCAACUGCCAAGUGGACCAUCGAAGGAGAGGAGAUCACCAGCCAGGGCAACAUUAAGAUCGACACUGAUAAUUUCUCCACUGUUCUCAGCAUUAAUGAGUGCACCAGAAACCACACUGGAACCUACCUGCUCACUGUGUCCAACCCAGCAGGAACCAAGACGGUGGCCUUAAAUGUCACUGUACUCGAUGUUCCAGCUGCUCCGAUUGGACCCGUCAACAUAUUGGAGGUCAUGCCAGAUUCCAUGACGAUUGAAUGGCGUCCUCCUAAAGAUGAUGGUGGGAGCCCUAUAACCAAUUACAUUGUGGAGAAAAGAGAGUCCAACAAAGAGACAUGGGGAGGUGUGAGUUCUGGUAGUCUUGCAACGCAGCUCCGGAUCAUUCGCCUUCAGAAAGGAGUAGAAUAUGUUGUUCGCAUUCGUGCUGAGAACAAGAUGGGCAUUGGUGCUCCUCUGGAGAGCAAGCCCACUGUUGCUGAGCACUCAUUCAUGCCCCCUAGUGCACCUGGUAAGCCACAAUCCUAUGAGACCUCAGAGGAUGCUGUUACACUUGGCUGGACUAUGCCCCUAACUGAUGGUGGCAGUCAGAUCACUGGCUACAUCAUUGAGCGCAGACACAAGGGAGGAAAGUGGAUCCGUGUCAACAAGACACCUUGCAAGGACCUGAGGUACCGAGUCCUGGGCCUCUACGAGGGCAGCGAGUAUGAGUUCAGAGUGUUUGCUGAAAAUAUUGCUGGAUAUAGUGGCCCCUCCCCCAUCUCCGACCCCUGCAAGCCCUGCAGGCCCAUCACUGUCCCGAGUCCCCCUGUCAAUCCUAAAGUUAAAGAUUACAGCAGGGCCACUGCUGACCUGGUGUGGACCAAACCUACCAAAGAUGGAGGCAGCCCAAUCCUUGGUUACACUGUGGAGAUGAAGAAAGAUGGCGCUGAAGAAUGGAAAAAAGUCAACCUGGAUGACUUGAUCAAGCUGUGUGCCUACCGGGUGAAGGGUCUGGAAGAGGGUGUGACCUAUAGAUUCAGAGUCUUUGCUUCAAACAUGAUUGGAGACGGGGAGUCAAGAGAAAUCCCAGAAUCAGUCACUGCUCAGGAUAUUCUUAUACCUCCAGAGAUUGAGAUGGAGGCCACUUGUCGAGAUUGUGUUACUGUGCGUGUUGGACACAACAUCAACGUCAUUGGUUACAUCAAGGCUCGCCCUGAUCCUGAAGUUUUCUGGUCAAAAGAAGAGACUAUUCUAGAGAACAACAAACGUGUUACCAUCCUGCAGAAUCUUCCUUUAGUCCACCUAAGGAUCAAGGAAGCUACAAGGAAUGACCAUGGCAAAUAUAUUCUGAAAGCUUCAAAUGAAGGUGGUGAGGCUUCCCGCACAAUCACAGUUAAUGUUCUAGACCGACCCAGCCACUGCCAGAAUCUGAAUGUGACCUAUGUCACUAAGGACUCGUGCAUGAUCAACUGGGAGAGCCCUAAGGACAAUGGUGGAUCCGAGAUCACCAACUACAUUGUGGAGUGCAGAGAGCCUAGUAUUAGCAUGUGGUCUAUGAUCUCUUCCCACUGCACUAAUCGUAAGAUCAAGGCAAAGCUGAUGGAAGGCCAUGAGUACCUGUUCCGUGUCUGUGCUGAGAACAAAAUGGGACCAGGACCCACCGUGGAGCUCAAAACUCCUACAUUGGCCAUUGACCCUCUUGAAAAGCCCGGUGAGCCUGAGAACUUCAGAGCAAUUGACAUUGGUAAGAACUAUGUCAAUUUGAGGUGGCGGAAGCCCGACUAUGAUGGCGGAAGCCCCCAUCUGUCCUACAACCUGGAGUGUAAAACUAAAGAUGCGGAGGAGUGGGAAAAACUCAACACCACUACUCUCAGAGACACCUUCUUUUUGGCUGAUAAAUGUGUGGAAAAUCAGACAUACACCUUCAGAGUGCAGACUGUCAGUGAAGGAGGUGAGAGUGCCUGGGUAAAACUUGCAGAUAUUCUGGUGAGGGAGGAGAUCCAGAAGCCUGUCAUUGACCUGAAGUUGGCUGGAACAGUGACAGUAAAAGCUGGAGAGUCGGUCAGGAUGGAGGCUGGUCUGAGAGGAAAGCCCCAGCCUGAGGUUAAAUGGAUGAAAGAUAAGGCUACUGGAGACAAUCCCAGAAUAAGCUAUGAAACUGGCCCAGACUACUCAAAAUUUCUGAUGACUAAGUCCAAGCGUAGUGACACAGGAAAAUACAUCAUCACUGCCACCAACUCGGCUGGGACUUUCACAGCAUAUGCCAAUGUUAAUGUCCUGGACAUUCCCGGCCCAGUGAGAAACCUGAGGAUUACUGGCAUUGGAGCUGACAGGUGCAGAGUGGUUUGGGAUGCUCCAGAGGAUGAUGGAGGUUGUGAGGUGGACAGCUACAUUCUGGAGAAAUGUGAAACCAGGAGGAUGGUUUGGUCCACGUAUUCAGCCUCUGUGGUCACACCAUACUGCAACGUCACUCGUUUGGUGGAGGGCAAUGAAUACAUAUUCAGAGUGAGGGCAGAAAACAAGAUGGGAACUGGCCCUGCCAUGGAGAGUAAGCCUAUAACUGUCAAGACUCAGUUCAACAAACCUGGACCCCCUGAAGCCCCUGAAGUCACCAAGGUGAGCAAAGAUGAGAUGACUGUGGUCUGGGCUCCUCCUGAGAAUGAUGGAGGAAAGUCGAUCACUGGCUACAUCCUUGAAAGGAAGGAGAAGAGGGCAGUGCGCUGGGUGCCCUGCACUAAGAGCCCGAUCUCUGAGAGACGCAUGAAAGUAACCAACCUGAUUCCAAACCACGAGUACCAGUUCAGAGUGAGAGCUGAGAAUGAAGUCGGUCUGGGAGAUCCCAGUAAACCCUGCAGACCAGUUGCAGCCAAAGAUCCUAUUGGUGAGUUUGCUGUCACAACUUUACUAUUAAGAAGUUCAAGUGGGGGGGGGUUGUUUUGUUUUGUUACAGAGGCUCCAGAAAUUGAGCUGGAUGCCAGUCUGAGGAAAGGCCUUUCUGUGAGGGCUGGUUGUCCUAUAAGGCUUUUCGCCGUGAUCAGAGGAAGGCCUGCCCCCAAGGUUACGUGGAAGCGGUUGGGUGUGGACAAUGUAGUCCGCCGUGGUCACGUGGACCAGGUUGACACCAUGUCCUUCCUUGUUAUCCCUGAGAGCACCAGAGAGGAUUCUGGAAAAUAUUCACUCACUCUGUCCAACUCAGCUGGAGAGAAAGCAAUAUUUGUCCGUGUCAAAGUCCUUGACACACCUGGUCCGGUUGGCAGCCUGGAUGCCACUGACAUCACCAAAACAACAGCUCAACUCUCCUGGUUGCCACCGGAGAAUGACGGAGGCAGCCCCAUCCUCAUUUACGUUGUGGAGAAACGAGAGGUUGAUAGGAAGACCUGGACCAAGUGCACAGAGGACCUGAAGAAGACUAGCUUCAAGGUCACCAACCUUACACCUGGCAUUGAGUAUUACUUCAGAGUCAUGGCCUGCAACAAGUAUGGCAUUGGAGUUCCUCAAGACUCACCCAGGUCCUACUUGGCUGUUGACCCAAUCAGUGAGCCAGACCCUCCAAAGAAGAUGGACGUGUUAGAGAUCACCAAGAAUAGUGCUACACUGGGCUGGCUAAAGCCACUCAGGGAUGGAGGUGCCAAAAUCAAUGGUUAUGUGGUGGAUUACCAGGAGGAGGGUGCACCCGAGGACAAGUGGACACCAUAUUCUGUGGUCAAAGACCUGACUAUCGUGGUAGUUGGUCUGAAAGAAGGAAAGAAGUAUAAGUUCAGAGUGGCUGCUAGGAACUCAGUGGGCGUCAGUUUGGCUCGAGAGGCUGAGGGAAUGUUUGAAGUUAAGGAGCAGCUCAUGGCUCCAAAGAUAAUCAUGCCUGACAUUGUGACAGUCAGAGCUGGAUCCAAGAUGACGAUUGAGGCUAUUGUGGCAGGUAAACCUGCUCCUGUCUGCAAGUGGAAGCAGGGCAAUGAGGAUGUGCUAACCUCGGAUCGCCUGUCCAUUGUAAAGACGCUGACAACUACCACACUUAUUAUAAAGAAUGUAACAAGAAAGGAUAGUGGUUACUACAGCCUGUCAGCUGAGAACAGUACUGCCAAGAUUAAUCAGAUCCUCAAAGUCGUCGUCAUGGACAUCCCUGGACCCCCUGAAGCUCCUUUGGAGAUCACUGAACUGGACAUAGAUGCGUGCACACUGCUCUGGAACUCGCCACAGGAGGAUGGUGGUAGCAACAUCACCAGCUACAUUGUAGAGAAGUGUGAUGUUAGCCAGGGUGAUUGGGUCACCGUUUCUACAUCUUGCACAAAGACGAGCUUCAGAAUGACCAAACUGACACCUGGCAAAGAGUACAGCUUCCGUGUUCGUGCUGAAAACAGGUUUGGCGUCUCUGGGCCUACCUACUUUGAGAGGAUGAUUGCCAGAUAUCCAUUUGAUCCUCCGAGUGAACCCAGAAACCUGCAGAUAAACAAGGUCAACAAGGAUUUCGUCAUCCUGUCAUGGGAGCGUCCCAGCACUGAUGGUGGGAGCCCCAUCAGUGGAUAUUGCAUUGAAAAGAAGGAGAGGAAUGGCCUUCUGUGGGUGAGGGCUAAUGAGACUCUGGUCAAAGCCACUCAGUACACCUGCACAGGCCUGAUCGAUGGCCUGGAGUACACCUUCAGGGUGUCGGCACAAAACCAGGCCGGACAGGGCAAACCUUGUAAACAGACAGACUUCAUCACUGCCAGGACUGCUGUCGACCCACCAGGAAAACCCGAGCCCAUGGAUGUGACCAAGAGCACUGUAUCAUUAGUGUGGGGCCGUCCAAAGCAUGACGGUGGCAGCAAGUUGAUUGGCUACUACGUGGAAUAUACAAAGCUUCCAGAAGAGAAGUGGACUCGCUGCAAUGCCAACUGCAUGAACAUCCAGACAGAGAACUAUGUGGUGACUAACCUACAGGAGGGUCAACAAUACCAGUUUAGAGUCAUCGCCAAGACUGCAAUCAACAGCAGCCUUCCAUCUGAGCUAUCUGACCCGAUUCCUGUCAUCGCAGAGAAUGUUGCUCCUCGUGUGGAAGUAGGUGUUAACAUGAAGAACCUGAUUGUGGUGAAAGCUGGAGAAAAUGUCUUCCUGGAUGCUGAGGUCUUUGGCAAACCACUUCCCAAAGUGAGCUGGAAGAAGGAUGGAGUACCUCUGGUCCUUGCUGAGGGAAUGAAGAUGUCCCAAAAGAAACAUCUUCAUCUGCUGGAGCUAUACUCUGUCACCAGGAAAGAGACUGGGGACUACACUAUCACAGCUGAAAAUGUCAAUGGCACCAAGUACGCCACCAUAAAGGUCAAAGUACUCGACAAACCAGGCCCUCCAGCCUCAGUGAAAAUUUCCAAGGUGUUUGCUGACCGUGUUAAGCUGCGCUGGGUGCCACCACUUGCAGAUGGUGGUUCUGAAAUCACUAACUACAUCAUUGAGAAGCGUGAGACUAGCAGGGCCAACUGGGCAUUGGUCACCUCAAACAUCCAUGGACACAUCACUGACUGUUCAGUGGAGAAACUUAUUGAAGGACACGAAUAUCAGUUCCGAGUCAGCGCUGAGAACCAGUAUGGUGUGGGAGAUCCCAUUAUGACUGAUGCCGUCACGGUCAAGAAUCCGUAUGAUGUUCCUGGUCCAUGUGAGCCGCCUGUCAUCACCAACAUCACACAGAACUCCAUGACAGUCAGCUGGAAGGCCCCAGCCAAUGAUGGCAAGUCUCCCAUCCUUGGCUACAUGGUGGAGAAACGUGAGGCCACUGAGCUGAGCUGGGCUAAGGUUAACCGCCGACCAGUCAUCGAUAGGACCAUCAAGGCCAUUCAACUGACUGAGGGCUCUGAGUAUGAGUUCAGAGUAAUUGCUAUAAACAAGGCUGGUCUUGGGAAACCCAGCGAUGCUUCAAACGGUGCCCUGGCUGUUGACCCUGUCUAUCCUCCCGGGCCACCUGCCUUCCCCAAGGUGGUGGACUCUACCAAGUCGUCAGUUAGCCUUAGCUGGACCAAACCAGCAUACGAUGGUGGCUGUGAGAUCAUUGGAUACUUGGUUGAGUGCAAGCGAGUUGAUGCAGAGAGCUGGACGAGAUGCAAUGUGCCGAAGAAACUCCAGGCCACGAAAUUCCUGCUGACAGGCCUGAUGGACAACACCGAGUACCAGUUCAGAGUCACGGCUGUUAACAAGAUUGGCUACAGUGAGCCCAGCGAGGUGCCUGGAAACUACAUGCCUAAGGAUAUUCUAAUUGCUCCUGAUGCUGAGCUUGACGCCGACCUGAGAAAAGCUUUGGUUCUGCGAGCUGGAGUAACCAUGAGGCUCUACGUACCGCUGAGAGGACGCCCAGCACCGAAGGUGACAUGGACUAAAGUUGAUGCUAAUUUGAAGGAAAGGCAAGGACUGCUGAUCAAGACAUCGGAGUGGGACACCCUGCUGAUGAUUGAGGAUGUUAACAGAUGUGAUUCUGGCAAAUAUGUUCUGUCACUGGAGAACAGCAGCGGCUCUAAGAGCUACACCAUCGUAGUAAAGGUCCUCGAUUCUCCGGGCCCGCCCUUAAACCUGACUGUGAAGGAAACCUCCAGAACCCAUGCCUGCAUCACCUGGGAUGCCCCACUGAUUGAUGGUGGUAGUCCAGUUAAGAACUACAUCGUAGAGAAACGUUUGGCUGAGAGGAAAGCCUGGACCUGUGUGUCAGCAGAUUGUCCUAAGAUCUCCUUCAGGAUCACCAACCUGGAGGCAGGACAGGCCUACUGCUUCAGAGUUCUAGCUGAAAAUGCAUACGGCAUUGGAGAAGGCUGUGAGACCCCAGGCAGCAUCAGGGCCUCUGAGCAACCUGGUCCGGUGACAGACUUCAAAGCUCAGAAGACUACAAAGAACUCGAUCACCCUGUCCUGGAAGAAGCCAAUCAAUGAUGGUGGAAGUUUUAUUACUGCAUACAUCUUGGAGCAGGGUGAAGGCGAGGAGAAGUGGAAGCAGAUCGUGAAAGGCAAGAAUACCUCGCACACGAUUGGAGAACUGACAGAAGGCAAGGAGUAUUCUUUCAGGGUCAAGGCACUCAACGAGUCUGGAGAGGGACCGCCCACUGAGCUCACUGCUGUUGCAAAGGACCAAUUUGUGCUACCCGACUGCAACUUAAGUGAUCUGCACGAUGGCUGCUGUGUGGUUAAGGAGGGCAGCACAACGCGCAUUAACAUCCCCAUCACUGGAGUUCCAAACCCCACUGCUACCUGGAAGAAGGGCGAUACAGGACUGGGUGAUACUGGCCGGAUGUGUAUUGAAGCAUCUCAGGGCAUCACCACCUUACUGAUUAGAGACUGCCAGAGAGGAGAUGCUGACACCUACACUAAUGUCUUCCUCUCGCUUUCUCUUCUUCCUCCAGAUGUUCCCGGGGCACCUGCUCCACCAGAAAUUGUGAGCAUCAGGCAUGAAUCAGCCAUCUUGACUUGGGUUGAUCCAAAGGACAGUGGUGGUGCCCCAGUUACUGGAUAUCACAUAGAAUAUAAGGAAAAGAACAGUCUGAUGUGGAAACGGGCGAGUAAGACUCCUCUGAGAGUGAAAGAAUGUAGAGUCACUGGACUGACAGAAGGAUUAGAAUAUGAGUUCAGGGUAAUGGCCAUGAACAUGGCUGGCCUGGGAAAGGCUAGCAAAGUAACUGAGGCCGUGGUUGCUCUGGAUCCCAUUGAUCCUCCUGGCAAGCCUGAAGUAAUCAGUGUCACCAGGAACACAGUCACUCUGAUAUGGACAGCUCCCAAAUAUGACGGUGGCUACAAGCUAACUGGUUAUAACAUAGAGAAACUUGAGGCCAGUGGUAAGGCCUGGAUGAAAGCAAAUCAUGUCAACAUUCAGGGCUGUGCUUUUACCGUCACUGACCUGACUGAAGGAUCCCAGUAUGAAUUUAGAGUCAGAGCCAGGAAUUCUGCAGGUGCCAUCAGUAUUCCUUCAGAGCCUACUCCGCUUUUGACCUGCAGGGAUGAAUAUGAGCCCCCAACCAUCACUAUUGACCCAGAAAUGAAAGAUGGUAUAGCCGUCAGAGCAGGAGACACAAUUGUAAUCUCAGCUUCUAAAAUUGUGGGCAAACCUCCACCUACUUCAGCGUGGUCCAAGGGAGGACGUGAGUUGAAGACUUCUGACAUUGUCACCAUCACCAGUACCCCAACCUCCUCUAUUCUGGCUAUUAAGUACGCAAGUCGGAAGAACACAGGGGAGUACACUGUCACUGCCAGCAACCCCUUUGGCAUUAAGGAAGAACAUGUUAAGGUGAAGGUCUUAGAUAUUCCUGGACCUCCAGGCCCAAUUGAAGCCAGUAACAUUUCAGCCGAAAAGUGUACCCUGACCUGGCUUCCACCAGAGGAGGAUGGAGGCUCUUCUAUCAAAUCCUACAUCCUUGAGAAGAGAGAAACCAGCCGACUACAGUGGACCAAGCUAGCUGAAAAUGUCGUGGAUUGCAGACACGUAGUCAGCAAACUGAUUAAAGGCAAUGAAUACGUUUUCAGAGUGUCUGCUGUGAACCAGUAUGGCACAGGAGAUUCAAGCCAGUCUGGUCCAGUCAAAAUGGUUGAUAGUUUCUCACCACCAGGUCCGCCCUCAACCCCAGAGAUUGAUAAUGUUAGUAGGAAUGCUAUCACCAUUUCAUGGAAGAGACCAGUACAAGAUGGGGGAAGUGACAUUAGGGGAUACUGUGUUGAGAGGAAAGAGAGAAAAGGACUGAGAUGGGUCAGAGCCAGUAAGCGGACUAUCCCUGACCUGCGGUUUAAGGUGCAAGGCCUGAGUGAGGGAGUAGAGUACGAGUUUAGAGUCACUGCUGAGAACAAGGCUGGAUUUGGGGAGCCAAGUGAACCAUCGCGCCCUGUCAUGACAAAAGAUAUUGUGUAUCCACCCGGUCCCCCAUCCAACCCUAGAAUUACAGAAACCACCAAAACCUCAGCCACAUUCGCCUGGGGCCGACCCCACUAUGAUGGUGGUCUUGAAGUAGAGGGCUACAUUGUUGAAUAUAAAAAGGAAGGACAUGAUGAUUGGGAGACAGAGACACAGUACCCACUGAAAGCUUCAGAAUACGUGAUUGGUAAACUACAAAAAGGAGGCAAAUACCACUUCAGGGUUAGUGCUGUAAACUCUGAGGGAAUAGGCGAGCCUGCGGAGGUUGAGAAAGUGACUGAAUUGGUGGACCAGGAGAUGUUGCCAGACUUUGAGCUGGAUGCUGAACUCAGAAGAACUCUGGUAGUUAGAGUUCGUGCUUCAAUCCGUAUGUUUGUUCCUAUCAAGGGCCGUCCUGUCCCUGAAGUCACAUGGAGUAAAGAUGAUACUAACCUGAAAACACGUGCACAUAUUGACACCACAGAGUCGUACACUCUUCUGAUUAUUCCUGACUGCACAAGAUAUGAUGCUGGAAAAUACCACCUUUGUCUAGAGAAUGUUGCUGGAAAGAAGACUGGGUUUGUUAAUGUGAAAGUUCUGGAUUCACCGGGACCGCCAGUCAAUCUCAAACCUAGAGAGAUCACGAAGAACAGCAUCACCCUACAGUGGGAAAUUCCCAUUAUUGACGGCGGUUCUAAGAUUCGUAACUACAUUAUUGAGAAAAGAGCAGCCACUAAGAAGGCCUACACAGUGCUUAGCACCACAUGGCAGAAGUGUUCCUUCAAGAUUCCAGACCUCCAGGAGGGAGCUUACUACUAUUUCCGUGUCUCAGCUGAGAAUGACCUGGGUGUGGGUGAGCCAGCUGAAACCCCAGAGCCAAUCAGGGUAUCCCAGGCCCCCUCUGCCCCAGAAAAUUUGUAUGUCACCGAUGUUACCUCUGAUAGUGCCAGCCUUGCAUGGACCAAGCCUUUGCAUGAUGGUGGCAGCUUGAUCACUGGGUAUGUCAUUGAGGCUCAAAAGAAGGACACUGAUCAGUGGGUCCAUGUGGCCACCAUUAAGGCUCUGGAUUAUACUGUUACAGAUCUAAUUGAGGGUGCUGAAUAUACCUUCCGUAUAAUGGCAGUCAAUGCAUCAGGCAGGAGUGAUCCCCGUGAGAGCAGACCAGCUGUUAUCAAAGAGCAGACUUCUGCUCCUUCAUUUGACCUGCGUGGGGUCUACCAGAAAACGGUCAUUGCUAAGGCAGGAGAUCGGUUGAAGGUGGAGAUUCCAGUGUUGGGCAAACCAAGGCCUGUGGUUUCAUGGAAGAAAGGAGAUAGAGUGCUCAAGGAGACACAAAGACUCAACAUUGAAACCACACCAACAUCAACUAUUCUCAACAUCAGUGAGAUAAAACAGAAAGAUGGAGGCCAGUAUUCUAUGACUGGUAAAAACAUGCUGGGGACAAUGACAGAGACAAUCACAGUCCUGGUUCAUGACAUUCCUGGACCUCCAACUGGUCCUAUUAAGCUGGAAGAAAUUUCAUGUGAUUAUGUGCUGAUGUCCUGGGACCCACCAGAAAAUGAUGGAGGUGUUCCUAUUAACAACUAUAUUGUUGAGAUGCGGGAGACCACUGGUACUUCAUGGGUAGAGCUGGCAGCUACAGUCAUCCGCACCACAUUUAAGGCAGCCAGACUCACUACAGGAACUCAGUAUCAGUUCCGCAUCAAGGCCCAGAACAGAUAUGGGAUUGGACCAAGCAUUAUCUCUGAACCAGUGCUAGCUGUCUAUCCAUUUGAUGUACCAAGCCAGCCUGGCACUCCCGUGGUCACCUCUUUCAACAAGGAUGCUAUGACCCUUAGUUGGAAUGAGCCAUCCUCUGAUGGAGGUAGUGCCAUUCUGGGCUAUCAUAUGGAAAGGAAAGAGAAAAACAGUAUUCUGUGGCAGAGGAUCAGCAAAGCCCUUGUUGUUGGAAAUCUAUUUAAAUCAACGGGCCUUAUUGAUGGAAUUGCAUAUGAACACCGUGUUAUUGCUGAAAAUAUGGCUGGUCUCAGCAAAGCCAGCAAACCCUCUGAGCCCAUGUAUGCUUUGGACCCAGUUGAUCCACCAGGCAGGCCAGUAGCACUAAAUAUUACUAGGCAUGAAGUGACCUUGUCAUGGACCAAGCCAGAGGGAGAUGGAGGAUUUUCUAUUACUGGAUACACUGUAGAGAGGAGGGAGAUGCCCAAUGGACGUUGGCUCAAAGCAAACUUCAACAACAUUCUGGAAACUAUCUACACAGUCAGUGGUCUAACUGAAGAUGCAACCUAUGAAUUCCGUGUGUUUGCUAGGAACUCAGCUGGUGCUGUUAGUGCUCCAUCCCAGUCAUCUGAAGCAAUCUUGUGCAGAGAUGACAUUGAAGAGCCCCGGCUUGAUGUAGAUGUAUCAUAUAGCAGCACUGUUGUUGUCAUGGCAGGAGAGGUAUUCAAGCUGGAAGCCAGUGUAACUGGAAGGCCAAUCCCAUCUCUGGUAUGGACCAAAGAAGGAAAGGAGCUUGAUGAUACAGCCAAAAUUGAGAUAAAAUCAUCCGAGUUCCACACAACUUUAACAAACAAAGAUUCGCUCAGGAGGGAUGGUGGUGCUUUCACUUUGAUUGCGAGCAAUCCUGGUGGCUUUGCUAAGUUCAUAUACAAUGUCAAGGUGUUAGACAGACCAGGACCUCCCAACUCCCUCACUGUAACAGAUGUCACUGCUGAGAAAUGUGUCCUUAAUUGGAUCCAUCCAACACAUGAUGGUGGUGCCAAGAUUGAGUACUUUAUCCUUCAGAGACGAGAGACCAGCAGGUUGGCUUGGACAAAUGUGGCCACAGACCUUCAAGCUAAUAGGUUCAAGGUCACUAAGCUUCUAAAGGGCAAUGAAUACAUUUUCAGAGUUAUGGCUGUUAACAAGUAUGGUGUGGGUGAACCUGUUGAGUCAGAACCUGUCAUCUGUGCCAACCCCUAUGUACCCAGUGACCCACCACAGCAGCCUGAAGUCACCAUAAUCACCAAGGACUCUAUGGUUGUCUGCUGGGAUCGCCCUGAACAUGAUGGUGGCAGUAGAAUAAACACAUACGUAAUUGAAAGACGGGACAAAACUGGCCUGCGCUGGGUGAAGUGCAACAAGAGGACUGUAACUGACUUGCGAUUCAAAGUCUCAGGCCUCACACCAGGGCAUGAAUAUGAAUUCAGAGUUCUUGCUGAGAAUAAUGCUGGGCUAAGUCAGCCCAGUCCUUCCAGUCCAUUCUACAAAGCCAUUGACACCAUCUUCCAACCUGGACCUCCAGGGAACCCCAGAGUGCUGGACACAACCAAAUCUUCUAUUACACUUGCAUGGAACAAGCCUGUCUAUGAUGGUGGUUCAGAAAUCACUGGUUACAUAGUGGAGACCUGCCUGCCUGAGGAGGAUGAAUGGACAAUUCACACUCCCAAGAAGGGUUGGACUGCCACUUCUUUCACCAUCACCAAUUUGAGGGAAAACCAAGAGUAUAAAGUCAAUAUUUCUGCAACUAAUUGUGAAGGAGUGGGAGAGCCUGCAGCUGUUCCUGGAACACCCAAGUCUGAAGACAGACUAGUUCCUCCAGAAAUUGAACUUGGAGCAGAACUACGUAAGGUGGUCUGCAUCAGAGCCUGCAGCACACUCAGACUUUUUGUCCCUAUCAAGGGAAGACCAGCACCUGAAAUAAAAUGGUCUAGAGAGCAUGGGGAAUCUCUAGAUAAAGCUAACAUUGAAAUCACCUCAUCAUUCACCACUCUUCAGGUAGAGAAUGUUGACAGAUUUGAUGUGGGUAAAUACAUUGUGACUGUAGAGAAUGCCUCAGGAAGUAAGACAGCCUUUGUUAAUGUCAGAGUGCUAGACAGUCCUGGAGCACCUCAGAAUCUGAUUGUCAGGGAGGUCACUAGAGAUUCAGUUUCUCUUGCUUGGGAUGCUCCUCUCAUUGAUGGUGGUUCCAGAGUCCGCAAUUACAUCGUGGAGAAGCGUGAAUCAACCAGAAAGGCUUAUUCAACUGUGUGUGCCAGCUGCCAUAAGUCAAGUUGGAAAGUUGGAGACCUAGAGGAGGGAAAGAUGUACUUCUUUAGAAUUUUGGCUGAGAAUGAAUAUGGCAUUGGCCUCCCAGUAGAGACUCUUGAACCAAUUAAAGCAUCAGAGAAGCCUCUUCCCCCAGGCAAAGUGUCUCUCCGUGAAGUUACCAGCAAAAGUGUCACAUUAAGUUGGGAAAAGCCUGACCAUGACGGUGGAAGCAGAAUCACUGGCUAUAUAGUUGAAAUGCAGGGAAAAGGCAGUGAGAAGUGGACCCAGGUUAUGGUUGUAAAAAGCAAUGAAGCUCAUGUUACUGGCCUUACACAGGGAGAGGAGUAUACAUUCCGUAUUUCAGCCACUAAUGAAAAGGGAGUCAGUGACCCCCGCCCUCUCAAUGUGCCUGUGGUUGCCAAGGAUCUGGUCAUCUCACCAACCUUCAAACUUCUUUUCAGCACAUUUAGUGUGCUAGCAGGGGAUGAUCUGAAAAUAGAUGUACCAUAUGCUGCCCAUCCCAAGGCUACACCAACUUGGCUCAAAGAUGGUGUUGCUCUCAAAGAGACGACAAGAGUGAAUGCAGAUUCCACAGACAAAAAUCUUCACCUGGUUAUUAAGGAGGCUUGCAGAGAUGAUGUGGGAACAUAUACUGUCAAACUUACUAACACAGCUGGAGAGGCAUCUACAGAUAUUAGUGUUAUUGUUUUAGAUAAGCCUGGCCCUCCAACUGGCCCAAUUAAGCUAGAUGAGGUCACUGCUGAUAGCGUGAUCCUGUCCUGGGAUCCACCUCAGUAUGAAGGCGGUUGUGCCAUCAAUAAUUACAUCGUUGAGAAGAGAGACACAUCUACCACUAACUGGCAGAUUGUGUCAGCUACAGUAGCCAGAACCACUAUCAAGGCAGCACGUCUGAAAACUGGAUUGGAGUACCAAUUUAGGAUUGCUGCAGAGAACAGAUAUGGCAAAUCUUCAGCCCUGUUAUCUGAUACUAUUGUUGCUCAGUAUCCUUUUGAGGUUCCUAGUUCACCACGUUCUGUUACCAUUCAGUCAACCACCAAGGAAAGUAUGGUGGUUGUAUGGGAAAAACCCAGCAAUGAUGGUGGAAGCAAGAUUUUGGGAUACCAUUUAGAGCUAAAAGAGAGAAACAAUAUAUUGUGGGUGAAACAGAACAAACAACUUGUCCCAGAAGCAAGAUUCAAGGUUAUUGGCCUGGAGGAGGGUAUUGAAUAUGAGUUCAGAGUUUAUGCUGAGAACAUUGUUGGCCUCAGCAAAGCCAGCAAAGUGAGUGAAGUACAAGUUGCCCGAGAUCCUUGUGACAGACCGGGAAAACCAGAAGCUGUCAUUGUAACACGAAACAAAGUGACACUAAGAUGGACAAAACCCCAAUAUGAUGGUGGAAUCAAGAUCAUAGGUUAUGUUGUUGAGAAGAAGGAGGGAGCUGGUCGCUGGAUGAAGGCCAGUUUCGCUAACAUCACUGAAACAGAAUUUGUUGUCACAGGACUUAUUGAGAAUCAGAUUUAUGAAUUCCGUGUCAUUGCCAAAAAUGCAGCAGGUGUUUUUAGCCAGCCAUCUGAUUCUACUGGAGCCAUCACUGCCAAGGAUGAGGUGGAUCCACCCAAAAUUGACUUGGAAGCUAAAUACUCCCAAACUGUGGUAGUUAAUGCUGGAGAGACAUUUAAACUUGAGGCUGCUGUUUAUGGUAAACCUGUACCCACAAUUCAUUGGCUGAAAGAGGGCCAGGAGAUCACCGAAGCAGCUCGCUUAGAGCUUAGGAACACAGAUUUUACAGCUUGUCUUGUUGUUAAAGAAGCCAUCCGUGUUGAUGGAGGUCACUACAUACUUCUAGUAAAGAAUGUUGGAGGAGAGAAAUCUGUUAACAUUAAUGUUAAGGUUUUAGAUAGACCUGGUGCACCCGAAGGCCCUAUAUCCAUUUAUGGUGUCACUAAUGAAAAAUGCUCAAUUUCCUGGAAACCUCCCUUGCAAGAUGGAGGAAGUGAUGUUUCCCAUUAUAUUGUUGAGAGGAGGGAAACCAGCAGAUUGGUUUGGACUGUAGUUGAACCAAAAGUUCAGACACUGAACUUGAAGAUCACCAAAUUACUUCCUGGUAAUGAAUAUAUUUUCAGAGUGAUUCCUGUUAACAAAUAUGGAGUUGGAGAGCCACUGGAAUCUGAGCCAAUGGUUGCCAGGAAUCCAUUUGUCACUCCCAACCCACCAACAAAUGUGGAAGUUUCCACAAUCACCAAAGACUCUAUGGUGGUGACCUGGGAGAGACCAACUAAUGACGGUGGCAGCCCAAUCCAGGGAUACAUUGUUGAGAAACGUGACAAGGAUGGUGUGCGAUGGACUAGAUGCAACAAGCGCAAUAUUAGUGAGCUGCGCUUUAGAGUUACAGGGCUUCUUGAAAACCAUGGCUAUGAAUUCAGAGUUGCUGCUGAGAAUGCUGCAGGUGUUGGCAUGCCUAGUGCACCAACAGUGUACUACAAAGCACUGGAUCCUGUCUUCAAACCAGGCCCACCAAACAACCCCAAGGUGGUAGACACAUCUAGAUCCACUGUUUCCCUAACAUGGGGCAAACCCAUCUAUGACGGUGGCUGCGAGGUUCAGUCUUACAUUGUAGAGGCAUGUAAUGGUGCAUCUGAUGAGUGGUUUAUGUGUACUCCACCAACUGGAAUCAUGGACACAAAAUAUACUGUGAAAAAACUUCUGGAAAAGCAUGAGUACCAAUUUAGAGUGUGUGCAAUCAACAAGGUUGGUGUUGGUGAGCAUGCUGAUGUUGCUGGAAAAAUUCUUAUGGAGGAGAAACUUGAAGCACCUGAUCUUGAUCUUGAUGCAGAUAUGAGAAAGAUGAUCAACAUCAGAUCAGCAAGUACGCUCAGAUUGUUUGUUCCUGUAAGAGGUCGUCCAGCUCCAGAGGUGAAAUGGGGCAAGGCUGAUGGUGAGAUUAAGGAGACUGCUCUGAUUGACAAUACAGGCAGCUAUGCAUCACUUGUCAUUGAGAAUGUUGACAGAUUUGAUAGUGGCAAGUAUACCCUGACUGCUGAGAAUGCUAGUGGAGUAAAAUCAGUCUUCAUAAGUGUCAGAGUCCUGGACUCCCCUAGUCCACCAACUAACUUCGUGGUGAAAGAGAUUACCAAGAAUUCUGUCACUCUCACAUGGGAGCCUCCACAUCUGGAUGGUGGCUCAAAGAUUAAGCACUAUAUUGUUGAAAAGCGUGAGAGCACCAGGAAAGUGUACUCUCCCAUCACUACAUGCAACAAGAUGUCGUGGAAAGUUGAACCUCUUCCAGAGGGUGGAAUCUUUUUCUUUAGAGUAUUGGCUGAGAAUGAAUAUGGUGUGGGUCUCCCUGCUAAAACUAUAGAACCAGUUAAGAUAUCUGAGAAACCUCAGCCACCUGGCAAGGUCAGUGUUGUUGAUGUUACUCACAGCACUGUAACUUUAACUUGGGAAAAGCCUGUGCAUGACGGUGGUAGUAGACUCACCCACUAUGAAGUUGAACUAGCUCCCAAGGACAGUGAAACUUGGUCUAUAUGUGCUAGUGUGAAAGCACUGGAAACAUUAGUGACAAACCUUCUCAAGGGAGAGGAGUACCAGUUCAGAGUUGUUGCUGUAAAUGACAAGGGCAAAAGUGACCCACGACAGCUGGCUCAUUCUGUUGUAGCAAAGGACCUUGUUAUCGAACCUUCUGUUAGACCCAAGGCAAGUUCUUACAGUGUCCAGGUGGGGUAUGACCUCAAGAUAGAGGUCCCGGUCGCUGGUCACCCUAAACCAAUUAUCACCUGGACCAAAGAUGGCGUAGCCCUUAAGCAGACUACCAGAGUCAAUGUCACUGACUCAGCACAAACUACCACUCUUACCAUAAAGGAUGCUACCAGAGAAGAUGGAGGUAUGUACACUAUCAGUGUCUCCAAUGACCUUGGUUCAAAGAAUGCCACUGUAGAUGUGAUCACCUUGGACAAACCAGGCCCACCCACAGGCCCUGUAAAGUUGGAUGAUAUCAGUGCUGAGAGCAUCACCCUCAGCUGGGAACCUCCUACAUACACAGGUGGUUGUCCAAUCUCAAACUAUGUGGUGGAGAAGAGAGAUACAACCACAACAAACUGGUCGGUUGUGUCUGCCACUGUGGCUAGAACCACUCUAAAAGUCAGCAACCUGAAGACAGGCACUGAGUACCAGUUCAGAAUUUAUGCUGAAAAUAGAUAUGGAAAGAGCUAUGCAAUUGAUUCACAGCCUGUUGUGGCACAGUAUCCAUUCCAGGAGCCAGGACCACCAGGAACACCAUUUGUUUCUUCAUACACUAAAGACUACAUGGUAGUUGAGUGGCAUAAACCCCCAAGUGAUGGUGGCAGUGCCAUCUUGGGCUACCAUCUGGAAAGGAAAGAAAGGAACAGUAUCCUCUGGACAAAGAUAAACAAAAUGCUCAUCCAAGAUUGUAGAUUCAAAUCUACUCCACUCGAGGAAGGCAUUGAGUAUGAGUAUAGAGUCUAUGCAGAGAACAUUGUUGGCAUUGGUGAAUGUAGCAAAGUAUCUGAGGUUUAUGUUGCCCGUGAUCCAUGUGAUCCUCCUAGCCGUCCUGAGGCUUUGAUUGUGACCAGGCACUCAGUGAAACUCAAGUGGAACCCCCCACAGUACGAUGGUGGGAGUUUAGUUACAGGUUAUCUAGUAGAGAAACGUGAUCUUCCUGAAGGAAAAUGGAUGAAGGCUAGCUUCACAAACAUCAUUGAACACGAAUUCACAGUUACUGGCCUGACAGAAGAUAGCAAAUAUGACUUCAGAGUAAUUGCAAAGAAUGCUGCAGGUGCCGUUAGCAAGGCCUCUGAGAGCACAGGAUCCAUAACGGCUAAGGAUGAAGUUGUCCCACCUACGAGUGAGACAGAUCCUAUGUACAACCAGACCCUUGUUAUAAAUGCAGGAGAGACAUUCAAUCUUGAGGCCAGUGUGGAAGGAAAGCCUAUUCCAACUGCUCAGUGGUUCAAGGGGAAUCUUGAAGUUGAAAACUCAGCAAGAGCGGAGAUCAAAAACACAGAUUUUAAAGCUUUGCUUGUUGUAAAAGAUGCUAUCAGAGUUGAUGGUGGACAUUAUACUCUGGUUCUCACAAAUGUUGCAGGAAGUAAGACUAUCCCCUUCAGUGUGAAGGUUCUGGACAGACCAGGGCCUUCAGAAGGACCUCUUACUAUCAGCAAUGUUACUGAGGAAAAAUGCUCACUGUCGUGGCUGCCACCCAGGCAUGAUGGAGGCGCCAGCAUUUCUCACUACAUCAUUCAGAAAAGAGAAACUAGCCGCUUGGCAUGGACUGUGGUCUGCAGUGAUUGUAAAGCUACCAUGUUUAAAGUUACAAAACUACUGAAGGGAAAUGAGUACAUCUUCAGAGUCAUGGCUGUCAACAAAUAUGGCACAGGUGAGCCGCUUGAAUCAGCACCAGUUAUCAUGAGAAAUCCAUUUGUUCCACCUGGAGCACCUCAGGAUCUUGAGAUCACAAAUAUCACCAGGGAUUCUAUGACUGUAUGUUGGAACCGUCCUGAGACAUCAGGAGGCAGUGACAUUGUUGGCUACAUUGUUGAGAAGAGAGACAGAGCAGGAGUGAGGUGGACCAAGUGCAACAAACGCAGAGUGACAGACUUGCGUUUCAGAGUAACAGGACUGACUGAGGACCAUGAAUAUGAAUUCAGGAUAUCUGCUGAGAAUGCAGCUGGAGUGGGCCAUCCAAGUCCAUCGACAACCUAUCUUAAGGCAUGUGACCCCACCUUCGAGCCAGGCUGUCCCACCAAUGUCCAUGUGGUAGACACUACUAGAGACUCCAUUAGUCUGGCUUGGCACAGACCUAUCUAUGAUGGUGGCUGUGAGAUUCAAGGCUACGCAGUGGAAAUAACCAAGGCUGAUGAGGAGGAAUGGGUCAUAUGCACCCCACCUUGUGGAGUCAAUGCUACCAAGUUUACUAUCAAAAAGUUGAUUGAACACCAAGAAUACAAGGUCCGCACUUGUGCUAUCAACAAGGAGGGUGUUGGUGAGCCUACUGAGAUUCAGGGAGUCGUCAAACCUAUGGAUAAGAUUGACCCUCCAGAAGUGAUUCUGGAUUCAGAGCUCAGGAAGGGAAUAGUUGUCCGUGCAGGAGGCUCGAUGAGAGUCUGCAUUCCAUUCAAAGGCCGUCCUACUCCUGAGAUAAACUGGGCCAAAGAGGGUGGAGAGUUACCCAGUAAAGUUCAGGUUGAGACUGGUGAAGAUUACACAAAGCUCUCAAUUGAAAUCUGUGACAAAUAUGAUGCUGGAAAGUACGUGCUCAAUUUAGAAAAUAGUGCUGGCACCAAAUCAGCUUUUGUUUCCGUUAAGGUGCUAGACACUCCAGGGGCUCCUUUAAACCUAACAGUAACAGACAUCAAGAGGAAAAGUGUGACUCUGACCUGGGAGCCUCCUCUUAUUGAUGGUGGUGCAAGAAUCAAGAAUUACCUUGUUGAAAAGAGGGAGUCCACGAGGAAGGUUUACUCUAAUGUGGACAACAAGUGCACAAAGACAAGCUAUCGUAUAACUGGCCUGACAGAGGGAACUAUAUAUUAUUUCAGAGUCUUAGCAGAGAAUGAGUUUGGUGUGGGACAGCCAGCUGAGACAGAAGAAUCAGUAAAAACAUCUGAGCCCCCCCUGCCUGUGGGUAAGGUCACAUUGACCGAAGUGACAAAAACAACUGCUUCACUCUCCUGGGAGAAGCCAGAUUAUGAUGGAGGUAGCAGAAUCAUUGGUUACUACAUUGAGAUGCAGCCUGUGGGCUCAGAGGAAUGGGUGGUAGCUGCCACAUGCAAAACUUGUGAAGGCACUGUCACAGGCCUCAGUGCAGGACAUGAGUACCUAUUUAGAAUCUUAGCCUUCAAUGAGAAGGGCAAGAGUGACCCUAGACCUUUGGCAGCGCCAGUCACUGCUAAAGACAUAACCAUUGAACCCAAAUUCAAGAUUCAAUUUAACACUUAUAGUUUACAGCACGGUGAGGAUUUGAAGAUUGAGAUUCCAGUGAUUGGACGACCUGUUCCCAAGGUUGAAUGGAAGAAGGAUGGACAAGCUCUUAAAGAGACGACAAGAAUUAAUGUUUCCAGCGCAUUGUCAUGCACUAAGCUGUACAUCAAAGAUGCAAAUAAGGAGGACUCUGGCAAAUACACUGUCACAGCCACCAGUAGCAUUGGAACAGCUACAGAGGAGCUUACUGUUAUUAUUCUUGAUAAGCCUGGGCCACCCACGGGCCCUGUAAAGAUAGAAGAGGUGAGCUCUAAUUAUGUCACCCUCUCUUGGGAGCCACCAGAGUAUACCGGAGGCUGUCCCAUCAAUAAUUACAUCGUGGAGAAGAGAGAUACUACCACCACAGCAUGGCAGAUUGUUUCUGCUACUAUUGCCAGGACAACCAUCAAAGUCACCAAGUUGAAGACUGGUGUUGAAUAUCAAUUCAGAGUGUCAGCUGAAAAUAGAUACGGGAAGAGUUCUGCAAUUGUCUCUCCUGCUGUUAUUGCUCAGUAUCCAUUUAGUGAGCCUGUGGCCCCAGGAACACCAGUCAUUUCUUCUGUAACCAAGGAUAGCAUGGUUGUUGAGUGGAAACCUCCUACCAACAAUGGGGGCAGUCCAAUUCUUGGCUAUCACCUUGAGAGAAAAGAAAAGAAUAGCCUCUUGUGGACUAAAUUAAACAAGCUUCUAAUACCAGACACACGUUUCAGAACUACAGAACUUGAAGAAGGUAUUGAGUAUGAAUUCAGGGUUUAUGCUGAAAAUAUUGCUGGUCUCAGCCCAGCUAGCAAGCUGUCUGAGAGCACAGUAGCAAGGGACCCUUGUGACCCACCGGGAACUCCUGAGCCUAUUGAAAUCACCAGAAACCAUGUGACACUCCAGUGGACCAAGCCCCAGUAUGAUGGAGGGAGUGCAAUUACUGGCUAUGUGAUUGAGAGAAGGAAGCACCCAGACACCCGCUGGAUGAAGGCCAGCUUCACUAACAUCAUUGAUACACAAUUUACACUUACUGGUCUGACUGAAGACUGUGUGUAUGAGUUCAGGGUCAUUGCCAGAAAUAGUGCUGGGAUUUUGAGCCAACCCUCUCAGAGCACAGGGGAAAUUACUGCCAAAGAUGAAAUUGAGGCUCCAGCAGCCACCAUGGAUUCGAAAUUCAAGGAUAUGACUAUUGUUCACGCAGGUGAGACAUUUGUCAUUGAUGCUGACUAUACUGGAAAACCUUUGCCUGAGGUAAUUUGGUUAAAGGAUGGAAAAGAGAUUGACAAAGCCACACCAAGAAUGGAAAUCAAGACUACCCUCACACGUACCAUCCUGACAGUCAAGGAUUGCAUCAGAGUGGAUGGUGGCCACUUUUUCCUCAAGCUUAUUAAUGUGGGAGGAGUCAAGAUGAUCCCAGUUAAUGUCAAAGUUCUGGAUAGACCUGGGCCUCCAGAUGGACCUCUAGAAGUCAAAGGGGUCACAGCUGAGAAAUGUUAUCUGCAUUGGAGUCAUCCCUCACAUGACGGAGGAGCUAGCAUCUCUCACUAUAUCAUUGAGAAGAGAGAGACUAGUCGUUUGUCAUGGACUAUGGUUGAGCCCAAGAUUCAGGCAAUCAGCCACAAAAUCACAAAACUAUUGCCUGGCAAUGAAUAUAUCUUUCGAGUUACUGCUGUAAAUAAAUAUGGUGUUGGCGAGCCUUUAGAAUCAGAAGCUGUUGUUGCUCGUAACCCUUUCACCACUCCCAGUGCCCCCUUAACCCUUGAGGUCGGUGCCAUCACUAGGGACUCCAUGGUGCUUACCUGGGAGAGGCCCAAUGAUAAUGGAGGUGCAGAGAUUGAGGGAUAUGUCCUUGAAAAACGUGAUAAAGAUGGUAUCAGAUGGAGUAAAUGCAACAAGAAGAGGCUGAAUGACCUGCGAUUCAGAUGCACUGGUCUCACAGAGGGCCACUCAUAUGAAUUCAGGGUUUCGGCUGAAAAUGCUGCUGGUGUAGGAAAGCCUAGUGCACCAACUCCAUACAUCAAGGCCUGUGAUGCCACUUAUCCACCUGGACCCCCAAAUAAUCCAAAGGUCACUGACCAUUCAAGUACCACAGUUUCCCUUUCAUGGUCCAGGCCUAUAUAUGAUGGUGGUGCACAGAUCACUGGGUAUAUUAUUGAAAUGAAAGAGGCAACAGAUGAUGAAUGGAUCAUUAGCACACCACACACUGGCGUCCAAGCCACUAACUACACAGUAAAGAAACUUAAGGAGAAUGCGGAGUACAACUUCCGCGUAAGUGCUGUUAAUUGUGAGGGAGUAGGAGAACAUGUAGAUUUGCCUUGUUCUGUGAUUGCUGCAGAGAAGCUGGAGGCUCCUGAAAUUGAACUAGAUUGUGACCUAAGAAAGAUGGUCAACGUCCGUGCCUCUGCUACCUUGCGUCUGUUUGUGACAACCAGAGGGAAGCCUGAGCCUGAAGUCAGAUGGUCAAAGGCUGAUGGCACUCUAAAUGAACGUGCCCAGGUAGAAGUCACAAGCUCUUACACAAUGCUGGUGAUUGAGAAUGUUGACAGAUUUGACACUGGCAAAUAUGUGCUGACCCUUGAAAACCUCAGUGGCUCUAAAUCAGCCUUUAUCAAUGUCAGAGUUCUGGAUUCUCCUAGUGCUCCUACUAACCUCGGAGUUAAGGAUGUUAAAAGAAAUUCUGUCUCUCUCUCCUGGGAGCCUCCUCUAAUUGAUGGUGGGGCUAAGAUAUCACAUUAUAUAGUGGAGAAGAGAGAACAGAAGAGAAUGGCUUUCACCAGUGUUUGCACUAACUGCGUCAGAAACUCCUACAUUAUUUCAGACCUGCAGGAAGGAGGCCGAUACUAUUUCCGCGUGUUAGCUGUGAAUGAACUCGGAGUAGGUCUGCCUGCAUCCACAGAUCAAGUUAAGGUGUCUGAGCCUCCUCUGCCUCCUGGUAAGAUUGUCGUUGUUGACAUUACUCGUCAUACUGUUACACUCUCUUGGGAGAAACCUGAUCAUGAUGGAGGCAGUAAGAUUACAAACUAUAUUGUGGAGAUGCAGCCCAAGGGAGAUGACAAAUGGACGAUGUGCAAUGAAGUCAAAGCACUGGAAGCUACCAUUGAUGGACUCACAACUGGAGAGGAAUACUCCUUCAGGGUAACUGCUGUGAAUGAUAAGGGUAGAAGCGAUGCUAAGCCUCUGGCUACUCCUGUGGUGGUAAGGGACAUCACGAUGGAGCCCAUCAUCAACCUGUUAUUCACCACAUACAGUGUAAAAGCAGGAGACGAUUUGAAGAUUGACGUUCCCUUCAAAAGCAGACCAGAGCCUGAGGUGUGCUGGAAGAAGGAUGGCCAAGUGCUUAAGCAGACAACCAGGGUAAAUGUUCUUAAUUCAAAAACCUCAUCUAAGAUUGUCAUCAAGGAUGCCACGAAGGAGGAUGUAGGGAAGUAUGUGAUUACCCUGACUAACUCAGUUGGUACCAAGUCAGCUGAAAUUUCUGUUAUAAUCCUGGAUAAACCUGGACCACCUAGUAACAUUAAGGUUGAUGAGGUGAGCGCUGACUUUAUUUUUCUGUCUUGGGAUCCUCCAACCUAUGAUGGUGGUUGUCAGAUUAACAACUAUGUCGUUGAGAAGAGAGACACUACUACUACAACAUGGCAAAUCGUGUCAGCCACAGUGGCCAGAACAUCAAUAAAGGUUUCUCGACUUACACAGGGGACAGAGUACCAGUUCCGCAUUGCAGCUGAGAACCGUUAUGGGAAGAGUCCUGCCAUAGAUUCUGCUCCUGUUGUUGCUCAGUAUCCAUUUGAGCCUCCUGGCCCUCCAACCCAACUUCAUGUUGCCCAUGCCACCAAAACUGGGAUGCUCGUGGUAUGGGGCAGACCUGGAAGUGAUGGUGGAAGUCCUGUUAUUGGUUAUCACAUUGAAAGCAAAGACCAAAGCAGCAUCUUGUGGACCAAGGUCAACAGAGGUCUGGUGGCUGAGAACCAGUUUAAGAUGACAGGAAUGGAAGAAGGUUUGUUGUAUCAGUUCAGAGUGUAUGCUGAGAAUAUUGCUGGAAUUGGUCCAUGCACUAGGGCAAGUGACCCUGUGGCAGCCAGGGAUCCAUGUGAAUCUCCACAUAACCUUAGAGUCACAAACAUCACUAGAAAUUCAGUUUCUCUUUUUUGGGAAAGACCUGAAUAUGAUGGCAGUGCAAAAAUUACUGGCUACAUUGUUGAGCGUCAAGAGCUUCCCAAUGGUCGCUGGCUGAAAUGCAACUUCACCAAUGUUCAAGAGACUUACUUUGAUGUCACUGGUCUCACAGAAGAUGUCCGAUAUGAUUUCCAUGUUAUUGCUAAAAAUUCUGCAGAGCAAUUGAGUGCUCCUUCAGAAAGCACUGGACCCGUCACUGUCAAAGAUGAUGUAGACCCUCCCACCAUUAUACUGGAAGAUAAAUUCAGACAGUUGGUUGUCAUUAAGGCUGGAGAAAUCAUUAGAAUUGAUGCUGAAAUUACUGGGCGUCCACUCCCAGUUGUUUCAUGGUCUAAGGAUGGAAAGGAGAUUGAGGCCAAGGCCAGAUGUGAAAUCACAUCCACUAACUUCACAACCACGCUCAUUGUCAGAGAUGCUAUCAGAAGGGACUCUGGACAGUAUGUUCUUACUCUGCACAAUGUAGCUGGAACCAGAUCUAUAGCUAUCAACUGUAAGGUUCUGGACAGACCCGGACCUGCAUCAGGACCUUUAACAGUUUCUGGUCUCACAGCAGAGAAAUGCACCCUGUCAUGGGGACCACCUCAGGAAAAUGGUGGUGCUGAAAUUAUGCACUACAUUGUUGAGAAACGUGAGACCAGUCGUCUUGCCUGGACUCUUGUCUAUGGUGACAUGAAGGCAAUUACCUGCAAAGUGACUAAACUGCUCAGAGGAAAUGAGUACAUCUUCCGAGUUAGGGGAGUCAACAAAUAUGGAGAUGGUGAAAGCCUGGAGAGUGAGCCAACAAAGGCCACUGAUCCAUUCACUGUCGCUUCAGCUCCCACUAAUGUCCAGGUCACCUCUGUUACAAGUGAGGCAAUGACCAUUUGCUGGGAAAGACCUGUUUCUGAUGGUGGCAGCAGUAUUGCUGGCUAUGUAAUUGAGAAGCGAGAGAAGACUGGCCUCCGCUGGUGCCGUGUCAACAAGAAACCUGUUUAUGACCUUAGAGUGAAAGCUUCACACCUUCGCGAGGGCUGUGAGUACGAAUACAGAGUUUUUGCCGAGAAUGCUGCUGGCCUCAGUGCUCCUAGCACUCCUUGCCCACUCACCAGGGCAGAAGACCCACAGUUUUUACCCUCACCUCCAGCUAAGCCUAGGAUAAUUGACUCCACAAAGACUACAGUCACCUUGUCAUGGAAUAAGCCACUUUUUGAUGGUGGAGCACCUGUGACUGGUUACAGAGUAGAAUACAGGAAGACAUUAGAUGAUGAAUGGAUUGUUGGAGUACAGAACACCAAAAACACAGAAUUUACAGUGGUGGGAUUAUCACCUGGAACUGAAUAUGUGUUUGUUGUCAAAUCCAUUAACAAGAUUGGAGUGAGUGAGCCCAGUCCUGAGUCAGACAAACAAGUUGCCAAAGAAAGAGAGGAGGAGCCAACCUUUGAUGUUAGCAAUGAAAUGAGAAAGACUCUUAUUGUAAAGGAUGGAAGCUCUUUCACAAUGAAAGUUCCUUUCAAAGGCAAACCCAUCCCUAGUGUUACUUGGGCUAAGCCUGAUGUAGACCUUAGAGUUCGUGCUGUAAUUGACACCACAGAUACCUUUUCUUCCAUCACCUUAGAAAAAGCAACUCGGGAUGACUCUGGAAAAUACACUGUCACUCUAUCCAAUGUAGCUGGUACCUCCUCCUUGACGCUCAAUGUCCGAGUUUUGGACUCACCUGGGCCUCCUAGUCAUAUAGAGGUCAAGGAAGUCACAAAGACCUCUGCUACUAUAACCUGGGAUACUCCUGAGAUUGAGGGAGGAGGACCAGUCAAGAAUUACCUUAUUGAUUACCGUGAGGCUAGCAAGAAAGGCUGGAGUAGAUUGACUGACACAUGCCACAGACUGACAUACAAGGUGGCAGACCUGCAGGAGGGAGAAGUCUACUACUUCAGAGUGACAGGCGAGAAUGAAUAUGGUAUUGGUGUUCCUGCUGAGACCAAAGAGGGGACCAAGAUCACAGAAAAACCAAGUCCACCACCAAAACUGGGUGUAACGGAUGUAACCAAGGAAAGUGUGUCCUUGGCUUGGGCCAAGCCAGAACAUGAUGGAGGCAGCAGAAUUACUAGCUACCUAGUAGAAGCACUGGAGAAUGGACAAGAGAAGUGGGUUAAAUGUGGUACAACAAAGUCCAUCCACUUCACAGUGUCUGGUCUGAGGGAGAAUGCGGAGUACUUCUUCAGAGUCAGAGCUGAGAACUACGCUGGAUUCAGUGAUGCUAAGGAAAUGACUACUCCUGUAGUGGUCAAAGACCAGCUUGAAUCUCCUGAGAUCAUCAUGAAGGACUUCCCCCACAAUACAGUAUAUGUUAGAGCUGGAUCUACCCUAAAAUGUGAGAUUCCAUUGACAGGCCGGCCUUUACCUAAAGUGACUCUGUCCAAGGAUAAUGUGCUGCUCAAAUCAACAAUGAGGUUUAACUCAGAAGUCACUCCUGACAGUAUCAAGAUUACUCUGCGUGAGAGCAUUGCAGGAGACUCAGGCCGCUAUGAUAUUAUUGCCUCCAACUCCAGUGGAACCACCAAGUCCUUUGUAAAUAUUGUGGUUCUUGACCGCCCCAGUGUCCCACUUGGACCAGUGGAGCUGUAUGAUGUCACAGAAGACAGUGUAAGCUUAAAGUGGCUUCCACCAGCAUAUGAUGGUGGCAGUCCCAUCACCAACUACAUCAUCCAGAAGCGAGAGACAACUACAGCCAACUGGAUGGACGUGUCUUCAGCUGUGGCCCGUUGCACCAUGAAAAUUAUGAAGCUGACCACUGGCCUGGAGUACCAAUUCAGAAUUAGGGCAGAGAACAGAUAUGGAAUCAGUGAACAUAUUGACUCCCCAGCUGUCGCUGUCAGUCUUCCUUACACUAUACCAGAUGCGCCAUCAACUCCAGAAAUUACUGCUGUAACCAGGGAAACCAUUUCUGUUGCAUGGAAGGAGCCAAAGUCAGAUGGAGGCAGCCAUGUGUUUGGUUACCAUCUCCAAAUGAAAGACAAAAACAGCAUCCUUUGGCAGAGAAUCAACAAAACAGUGAUCCGUGCCACACACUUUAAAGUCACCAACAUAAAUGCUGGACUUAUUUAUGAGUUCAAGGUAGCAGCAGAAAACUCUGCUGGAAUUAGUGCCUUCAGCAAGAUUUCUGAUGCUGUAUUGGCUAUUGAUGCCUGCGAGCCACCCCUAUACUUGCGUAUAACUGACAUCACUAAGAACUCCAUUAGUCUGGCCUGGCAGAAGCCUGACUAUGAUGGUGGAUCCCCAAUAACUGGUUACAUCAUUGAGAAGAGAGAGGGUGUUAGCUCCAAAUGGUCUAAAGCUAACCUCACCAAUAUCACAGACACCCGCUUCAUUGUUACUGGCCUCACCCAGGAUGAAACGUAUGAGUUCCGAGCAUUGGCAAAGAAUGCAGUUGGUUCAGUGAGCAAUCCGUCUAUCACUGUGGGGCCAGCCACAUGUGUGGACACUUAUGGUGCCCCAGAGAUUGAAAUACCUCAGGAGUAUCUUAAUGAGGUCAAGCACAAGGCUGGCUCUAAUGUGGAACUCAAAUUUAAUAUAAGAGCCAAACCUGCUCCCAGUAUUGAGUGGUUUAAAGAUGGCAGAGAGCUUAAGCCUACUUCUCAGCUCUCUUUUAAACACACCUUCGAGUCCACAAGUGUGUUCGUGAAGGAAACAACUCGUCUUAACUCUGGAACCUAUGAAGUCAAGGUGAAGAACUCCCUCGGAUCUUCAUGUGCCAUUGUCAGGCUGCUCAUUCAAGAUAAGCCAGGCCCACCUGCUGGAGAGAUUCAGUUUAAGAAGGUGACAGCUGACAACAUCACCAUCAUGUGGUCCCCACCUGCUGAUGAAGGUGGUGCCAUGGUAACACAUUACAUUGUAGAAAAGCGGGAGACCAGCAGGGUAAUGUGGUCGAUUGUCUCAGAGAAACUGGUUGACUGCAUUGUGAAUGUGCCCAGACUCAUAAUGGGCAAUGAGUACAUCUUUAGAAUCCGUGGAGUCAACAAGUAUGGCAUUGGAGAUCCACUGGAGUCUGAGCCCAUUAUUGCCAAGAAUGCAUUUGUACCUCCCAGCGAGCCAUCUAAGCCUAAAGUUACUAUGAUCACUAAGUCUACCAUGACAGUGAUCUGGGAAAGACCAGCAUUGGACGGAGGCAGUGAUAUUGAUGGCUACUAUCUAGAGAAAAGGGAGAAGAGGAGUCUGCAAUGGUUCAAGGUGGUGAAGGGCACUAUCAGAGACACCAGGCAGAAAGUGGCUAACCUGGUGGAGAACAAUGAGUACCAGUACAGAGUGUGUGCUGUCAACAAGGCUGGAGCAGGAAACUACUCUGAACCUUCUGAGCUCUAUAAAGCCUAUGACCCAAUAGAUCUACCAGGUGAACCCACUAAGCUGGGUGUGGUUGACUCCACAAAGACAUCUAUCACACUUGGAUGGGAGAAGCCCGUCUAUGAUGGUGGCAGCGAAAUUACACACUAUAUUUUAGAGCAGAUGAAUACAGAGGACAAAGAAUGGGUGAUUACCAACCCUCAAGUCAAGACAUGUGAGUAUGUGGUGUCCCACCUCAAACCUAGCACCUACUACUUCUUCAGAGUAUCUGCUGUCAACUGUAAAGGCAAAGGAGAAGACAUCAAAAUGUACCAGCCUGUGCAAGCCAAAGAUAUUUUAGAGGAGGCUGAUCUGGACUUGGAUGUUGCUAUGACAACUCAAUACACAGCAAAGGCUGGCCGUGAUGUGGAAGUCUUUAUCCCCUUGAAGGGUCGUCCUACACCAAAUGUCACCUGGCGCCGUGGUGACCGUAACAUGGCUGGUGAUAACCGCUACACAGUCACAAGCACUGAAAGAGCCACCACACUCCUCAUCCCCAAGGUCACCCGUGAUGACUGCGGAAAGUAUAUGCUGGAAAUUGAGAAUGGUGUUGGAGAACCUAAGAUAGUUACUGUUUCCCUCAAGGUUCUGGACAGUCCAUCCACCUGCCAGAAACUGAUGAUAAAGAAUGUCACAAGAGGAAAGCUGACACUAAGCUGGGAGCCUCCGCUCAUAGAUGGUGGCUCCCCUGUGACUAAUUACAUUGUCGAAAAGAAGGCCUCCACUAUGAAAGCUUAUCAAGUGAUUACUGAUGAGUGUUUAAAUACAAGUUACAAGGUGUCAGGGCUGGAGGAAGAUAUAGCUUACUUCUUCCGUGUGUCUGCUCAAAAUGAGUUUGGUGUGGGUGACACUUGUGAAACCACUGAUGCUGUCCGAGCAACUGAAACUCCAGGAGCUGUUAAAGACCUAAUAAUGGUGGACUCCACAAAGACCUCUGUCACCCUUCAGUGGAGCAGACCUGACCACGAUGGUGGCAGCCACAUCACUGACUACAUCAUAGAGAAGAGAGCCCAGGAAGAAGUCAAAUGGACUUUAGCUGCUAAAUGCAAGCGGUACAGCUGUGAAGUGACGGGACUCAAGGAAAAUGCUAUCCUGGAUUUCAGAGUGUUUGCAAAGAAUGAGAAAGGCAACAGUGACUUCUCCCAAAUUGGUCCGAUCACAGUGAUGGACCUCAUCAUUCCACCUGAAGCCAAACUGAAUGAUUAUCCCAAUGGAGAGCUUGCUGUUCGUAUAGGUCAAAACAUCCAUAUUGAGUUACCAUUCAAGGGAAAACCAAGACCUACAAUCAGCUGGCUAAAGGAUAAUUUCCCACUAAAGGAAAGUGAGAAGAUUCGCUUUAGGACCACUGACAACAAGACUUCAGUUACAGUCAGAGGGGUUAAGAAAGAACAUGCUGGACAAUACACCUUGGUUCUGGAUAACAGAGUCAUUAAGAACUACUUUGACAUCAAUGUGAUCACUCUGGGACCCCCUUCAGUCCCUACUGGCCCCAUCCGUUUUGACGAGAUAAAAGCUCAGACUAUUAUUAUCUCCUGGGAUGAGCCGAAGGAAGAUGGAGGUGGCGAGAUCACCUGCUACAGCGUGGAGAAACGUGAAACCUCCCAGGCCAACUGGAAGAUGGUCUGCUCCAGUGUUGUCAGGACUACCUUUAAGAUUCCUAACCUGGUCAAAGGAACUCAGUACCAGUUCAGAGUCCGUGCAGAAAAUAAGUAUGGGGUCAGUGAGCCACUCAUCUCUUCAGAUGUUGUUGCCCAGCACCAGUACAAACCUCCAGGUCCUCCAGGAAAACCAGUUGCCUACAACAUCACCAGUGAUGGUAUGUCAAUAAAGUGGGAUGCCCCAGAGUUUGACGGGGGUUCCCCAGUCUUAGGUUAUCAUGUCGAGAAGAAGGACAGGAACAGCCUCUUAUGGCAGAAAGUGAAUUCCACAACCAUCUCUAACAGAGAGUACAGGAUAAUUGGUCUUGUGGAGGGUCUGGAGUACUCCUUUAGAGUCUAUGCAGAGAACAAUGCCGGAUUCAGCCCUUGCAGUGAGCAGAGCAAACAUGCACUCGCUAUCUCCCCUGUUGAUCCACCCGGUACCCCAGUCUGCAUUGAUGUAACCAGAGACUCAGUCACCCUCCAAUGGGACAUUCCCAAGAGGGAUGGUGGAAGCAAAAUUGUAGCCUAUAGUGUGGAGAGGCGUCAAGGCAGAGGCAAAUGGCUACGGUGCAACUUCACUGAUAUCAGUGAGACCCAGUUCACUGUAACUGGUCUCACACCUGGAGACAGAUUUGAGUUCAGAGUGAUUGCCAGGAAUGCUGUUGGCACAGUCAGCCCACCAUCCAACUCCUCUGGAUACAUAAUGACCAAGGAUGAGAGCAUUGCUCCUGAGAUUGUGUGGUCUCCAGACCAGGUGCUCACCCUGAGGGCUGGAGAUAAUGUCAGUCUCAGCUGCAAAAUCACCGGACGUCCAGUCCCACAGGUUCUUUGGUACAAGGACGGUAAAGAGAUCGACAAGAGGACUAUGAUUGACAUUGCGAUUACUACUGGCAUUGGCACCAGUAGUCUGUUUAUUCGCGAUUCUAACAGGAACCACCGUGGAAUUUACACUGUAGAGGCCAAAAAUAGCUCUGGAACCAAGAAAGCUGACAUUAACGUUAGAGUCCAAGAUACCCCUGGACCUGUCGAGGGCCCAAUCCGUUUCACAGGCAUCACAGCUGAGAAGUGCACUGUGUGGUGGAGCCCACCAGAGAACGAUGGCUGUGCUGCCAUUACUCACUAUGUGGUGGAGAAAAGGGAGACAUCCAGGAUCUCUUGGGCCUUGGUCACCUCCAAGUGUGAAGCUUGCUCUUAUAAUGCCACCAACCUCAUCAAAGGCAAUGAGUACCAGUUCAGAAUCUCUGCUGUCAACAAGUUUGGUGUCGGCAAACCACUGGACUCUGAUCCUAUAAUUGCGAAGAUGCAAUACACUGUUCCUGAUGCCCCUGGUACACCAGAUGCCACCCAUAUUACUGGAGAAAGCAUAACAAUGUGUUGGACCAGGCCACGGUCAGACGGAGGCAAUGAGAUUAAAUGCUACAUCCUAGAGAGGAGAGAGAAGAAGAGCUUGCGCUGGGUUAAGGUCUCCUCCAAGAGGCCCAUUACAGAGUUAAGGCACCGUGUGACCAAACUUACUGAGGGCAAUGAGUAUGAGUUCCGUGUUAUGGCUGAAAAUGGUGCUGGUGUUGGACCAGCCAGCAGCACCUCCAGGCUCUUCAGAUGCAGAGAACCAACAAGUGCUCCCAGUGCUCCCACUGUAAUCAAGGUCAUUGACUCCACUAAGUCCUCUGUCACCCUGGAAUGGACCAAGCCAGUCUUUGAUGGUGGCAUGGAAAUAAUUGGCUACAAUAUAGAUAUGUGUAAGGCCAGUCUGGAGGAGUGGCACAGAGUCAACAGACAGAUUUGUAUUCACACCAGGUAUACUGUCACAGGUCUAGUACCUGGAGAACUCUACAAGUUCAGAGUCAGUGCUGUAAAUGGAUCAGGAGAGGGCGAAGCAUCAGUGAUGCCAAACCCUGUUCAGUCUUUGGACAGACUUACAUCUCCUGAAAUUGAUCUUGGUCCUGACUUCAAGCAAACUCAUAUUGUGAAGAAUGGAGGCACUAUAAGCCUACAUAUUGCUUUCCGAGGAAAGCCAGCUCCUCUAGCCACGUGGUCUAAAUUAGACAGUGAGCUUCCGAUAAUGGCUGAUAUCAACACCACAGAUUCAUUUUCCACUCUGACCAUAGAGAACUGCACCAGGUAUGAGGCAGGCAAAUACACCCUGUCCCUGGAGAACAACAGUGGGCGCAAAUCCAUCACAUUCACUGUUAAAGUACUGGAUACUCCUGGACCUCCAGGAGCCAUAACCUUCAAAGAUAUUACUCGCGGAGCCUUGACAGUGAUGUGGGACGCUCCUGCCAAUGACGGUGGAGCCCGAAUCCACCACUACAUUGUGGAUAAGCGUGAAGCAAGCCGCCUUGCCUGGCAAGAAGUCAGCACCAAGUGCUCACGGCAGAUGAUCAGAGUAACUGGUCUGGAAAUUGGUGUACCGUAUUUGUUCAGAGUGAUUGCCGUUAAUUAUUAUGGCCAGGGAGAACCAAAAGAGAUGACUGAGCCUAUAAUUGCCACAGAAGAACCUGCGCCACCCAAGAGAUUGGAUGUUGUUGACACAACCAAUUCCACAGCCUCACUGGUAUGGCUAAAACCCGAGCAUGAUGGAGGCAGCCGCGUUAGAGGCUAUAUUGUUGAAUUGAGGGCUAAGGGCACUGACCACUGGGUUGUUAGUGGAGAGACUAAGUCUCAGAAGAUGUUGGUAGAGGGUUUGAUUGAGAACACAGAAUAUGACUUUAGAGUCAAAGCCAAGAAUGAUGCUGGAAUUAGCGAACCUCAGGGCACCUUUAGCUCUGUGGUCAUAAAGGAGCCUUGCAUAGAACCAACUGCUGAUCUCAGCAGCAUCACCAACCAGCUCAUCACUUGCAAGACUUCCAACACCUUCACAAUUGAUGUCCCUAUCAGUGGCAGACCUGCACCUAAAGUUACCUGGAAACUGGAAGAGAUGAAGCUGAAGGAGACUGACAGAGUCUCCAUUAAGACCUCAAAGGAAAGUACCAUUUUGGUAGUGAAAGACAGCAAGAGAAGCGACAGCGGCAAGUACUACCUGACACUGGAGAAUGCUGCUGGUGUGAAGACAUUCACAGUGACUGUGGUCAUAGUUGGCAGACCAAGUCCACCCACAGGACCAGUGGAAAUUUCUGGAAUCUCUUCAGAGUCCUGUACCCUAUCUUGGUCUGAGCCAGCUGAUGAUGGUGGUACUGACAUCAGCAACUACAUUGUAGAAAAACGGGAAUCUGGCUCUGCUUCUUGGCAAGUGGUGAACUCCAGUGUGAAGAGAACCACCAUCAAAGUCACACAUCUCACCAAAUACAUGGAGUACACAUUUAGAGUCUGUGCUGAGAACAAGUUCGGAGUCAGCAAGUCCGUUGAGUCUGCCCCUGUUGUCAUUGAGCAUCCAUUUGUUCCACCAAGUCCUCCAACUCGCCCAGAUGUGAUAUCUAUAUCUGCCAAUGCCAUUAGCAUCAAAUGGGAUGUUCCAUAUGCUGAUGGUGGCAGCAAGGUGACAGGCUACUGGAUUGAGAAAAAGGAGAGGAACACGAUCCUGUGGGUGAGGGAGAACAAGCUACCCUGCCUGGAUUGCCAAUACAAGGUCUCGAACCUGAUUGAGGGGCUGGAGUAUCAGUUCAGGGUGUAUGCCAUGAACCUUGCUGGGCUCAGCAAAGCCAGCGAAGCCUCCAGACCUGUAGUGGCACUCAAUCCUGUUGAUCCUCCUGGCAAACCUGAGGUGACAGACAUCACCCGCUCUUCUGUGUCAUUGUGCUGGACGGUGCCCUUCAAUGAUGGUGGCAGUAAGAUCAUUGGUUAUGUGGUGGAGAGAAAAGUCUACAGCACAGAUGAGUGGGAUGACAACCGCUGGCUCAAGUGCAACUAUACCACAAUCACAGAGAACUACUUCACCAUCACAAACCUAGGUGAAGGAGAGACCUAUGAAUACCGUGUCGUUGCCAAGAAUGCUGCAGGUGUUCAAAGUGUCCCUUCAGAGACCACUGGACCAGUCACAUGCAAGGAUGAAUAUUCUCCUCCCAAAGCUGAACUUGACAGCAAACUGAUAGGUGAGACUGUCACUGUUACUGCUGGUUCUGACCUCGUCUUGGACGGUGCUGUGGGUGGUAAACCAGAGCCUACAGUGUACUGGUCAAAGGGUGACAAGAUUUUAGAGCUUGGAGAGAAAUAUUCACUGACCUACACUGCCACUAGAGCCAUGGCUGUCAUCAAGAGCUGUGACAGAUACGACACAGGUAGAUACAUUCUAACUGUCAAGAAUGCCAGUGGAAUUAAGACGGCAGCUGUCAGCGUCAAAGUUCUAGACACUCCUGGAGCUCCAGCUGAUAGGAUUGUAAUCAGCAGAGUCACAGAGGAAAAAUGUACAGUGUCUUGGAAGAUACCUCUGGAGGAUGGUGGAGACUCUGUCACCCAUUACAUCGUGGAACGUCGUGAGACCAGCCGCCUCAACUGGGUCAUCAUGGAGACUGAGUGCAAGACCCUGUCAUGUGUCAGCACUAGGUUGAUCAAGAACAAUGAGUACAUCUUUAGGGUUAGAGGUGUCAAUAAGUAUGGGGUUGGAGUUCCUUUGGAAUCUGAUCCCAUCAUCGCCAGAAAUGCUUACACAAUCCCCUCCCAGCCAGGCACACCAGAGGCGACUGCAGUGGGCAAGGAGCAUGUUAUCAUCGAGUGGCAGAAGCCUGAGAGUGAUGGAGGAAGCGAGCUCAAAAACUACAUCGUUGAAAAACGAGAGAAGAACAGUAGCAGGUGGACUCGAGUGAAUAAGACCUACACCAUCUACGACACCCGUCUGAAGAUCACAGGCCUACUGGAGGGAAGCGAGUACCAGUUCAGAGUUACAGCAGUCAACAAUGCUGGAUACAGCCAGCCAAGUGACACCUCAGUAUACAUCCUCUGUAAAGACCCCACAUACACCCCAGCUCCUCCAUCAGUGCCUCGCAUCACAGACACAACAAAACACAGCAUCACCAUGACUUGGACCAGGCCCAUGUACGAUGGUGGAUCAGAUGUCACCGGCUACAUUGUGGAGAUCCUAGAGGAGGGUUCUGAGCAGUGGUACCGUGCCACUGCCAAAGCCCUCAAGACUAAUGAGUAUGUGGCUGCUGGUUUGGCUGCCAAUAAGAAGUUCAGAUUCAGGGUUGCUGCCAUUAACAGCAAUGGGACUGGAGAGUUCAGUGAACCAAGUGCUGAAGUUGAACCACUUGAGAAAAUUGAAAUACCCGACUUGGAGCUGGCUGAUGACCUAAAGAAAACAGUGUGCCUCCGCGCUGGAGGUACUCUGCGCCUGUUUGUGUCUGUCACUGGUCGACCGACGCCAGUAGUGGCCUGGAGGAAGACGGGGGUGGAACUACAGAGCCGUGGUUAUAUUGAGACUACUGACAAGUACACAAUACUGGUAGUAGAGAAGGUUGAUCGCUACGACUCUGGAAAAUACAUUGUAGAGGCCGAGAACCCAUCUGGAAAAAAGACUGCCAUCAUCCUUGUUAAAGUCUAUGACACUCCUGGUCCUCCAGGUUCAGUGAAUGUGAAGGACUACACCAAGGAAUCUGUUGUGAUCACCUGGGAUGUCCCAAGCAUUGAUGGUGGUGCUCAUGUCAGCAACUAUAUUGUAGAGAAGCGUGAGGCCAACAUGAAGUCCUAUAAGACUGUUACCACUGAGUGUAGGAAAACACUGUACAGAAUCAGUGGACUGGAGGAGGGUGUGCACUACUUUUUCAGAGUCCUGCCGGAGAAUAUCUAUGGUGUCGGUGAGCCCUGUGAGACAGCGGAGGCUGUGCUGGUGUGUGAAGUGCCCUCAGUGCCUGUGAAGCUUGAGAUUGUUGAUGUUUCCAAGUCUUCUGUCACCCUGCACUGGGAGAAGCCUUUGCAUGAUGGUGGCAGCAGAUUGACAGGCUACAUUAUUGAGGCCUGCAAAGUAGGCUCCGACAGAUGGAGUGCUGUGGCGACAGUUAAGGCCUCAGUAUCCCAGCACACCGUCCAGUCUCUGACAGAAAAUGACCAGUAUCUGUUCAGAAUCCGAGCCACGAACAGCAGGGGAGCCAGUGAAUCCACUGACAUUGUCACUCCAGUGAUCAUCCAAGAGAUCAAGGUUAUGCCCAAGAUUGACAUGACAAGUAUCCCUCAGAAGAUAGUUCACGUGCAUCGUGGCAAACCCAUUGACCUCAACAUCCCAAUAAGGGGCAGACCACAGCCAGUCUGCUCGUGGUACUUUGGUGGUGUGAAGCUGAAGGACACCCUGGACCGCAUCAAGAUCGACAGCAACGGCAAAUAUACCCAUCUCGUCAUCCGUGAGACGACCAUCUCUGACACAGGAGACUACACACUACAGGUGAAGAAUACCAUAGGCAUGGCAACUGAAGUUAUCAAGGUUAUCAUCCUGGACAAACCCAGUAUUCCUAUGGGUCCAGUAAAUAUCGAGGAAGUCGACGGUGUUUCAGUGAUGGUUAGUUGGCAACCUCCAGAGAAUGAUGGUGGCGCCAAUGUCGGCGGAUAUGUCGUUGAGCAGCGUGAUGCCCACCGGCCUGGCUGGACCACCAUCUCCGAGUCUGUGACAAGGCCGUGCUUUAAAUUCACUAGGCUCUCUGAAGGAACCGAGUACGUGUUCCGUGUUGCAGCCAUGAAUCGUUUUGGCAUUGGUGGCUUCCUGCAGUCUGAUGUGGUGGAGUGCAAGAGCGCCAAGACCAUCCCCGGACCCCCAAGCAGGCCAGAAGUGCUUGAUGUCACCCAUGAGGGCAUGACCCUGACCUGGAAACCACCUGAGGACAAUGGUGGCUCCACUAUUGCGGGCUAUAUCAUAGAACGGAAAGAGGCCCAUUCUGACAGGUGGAUGAGGAUCAACAAAAACCCUGUUACUAUGACCAGGUAUCGUUCCUCCGGACUGAUUGAGGGCCUGGAGUAUGAACACCGUAUCACAGCCAUUAACUCUAGAGGGGCUGGGAAACCCAGCGAGAGUUCUGCCAUUACCAUCGCUUUAGACCCCAUUGAACCUCCAGGUCCUCCAGUUCAGGCCAGAGUCACAGACACUACCAGGACUUCUGUUUCUCUAGCUUGGCUUCCACCAGAAGAGGAGGGUGGUUCUGUCAUUACUGGCUACUUUAUUGAAAUGCAGAAGGUAGACCAGCUGGAAUGGACACUGUGUAACACAACUCCCACGAAGAUGUGCGAGUACAUCAUCACCCACAUGCCACAGGGGGCUGAAUACAAAUUUAGGAUCAUCGCCUGCAAUGCUGGUGGUUGUGGAGAAGCUGCUGAGAUUCCUGGAGUGGUUAAAGUCCAGGAGAUGCUUGAUUAUCCUGACUAUGAGCUGGAUCAUAAAUAUGAAGAGGGCUAUGUGGUCAGACAAGGUGGUGUCAUCCGCCUGUCUGUACCCAUUAAGGGUAAACCCAUCCCUACAUGCAAGUGGACCAAGGAUGGUCAUGACAUCUCCCAUCGGGCCAUGAUUGCUACCCAUGAUGACAUCACUGAGCUGGUCAUCAAAGAGGCGCAUAAAGAUGACACUGGUACCUACGACUUGGUGCUGGAAAACAAAUGUGGCAGGAAGGCUGUUUAUAUCAAGGUGAAAGUGAUUGGUCGCCCAGAUGUCCCAGAAGGGCCUCUGGAAUUUGACGACAUUCAGGCCCGAUCAGUAAGAGUCAGUUGGAGGCCACCAUCAGAUGACGGUGGUGCAGACAUCCUGGGAUACAUAGUGGAAAGGCGGGAGGUACCCAAGGCUGCCUGGUAUACAGUGGAUGCUCGAGUAAUUGGGAACUCUCUAGUGGUGAAGGGCCUAAAGGAGAAUGUGGAGUACCACUUCAGGGUUGCUGCUGAGAAUCAGUUUGGUGUCAGCAGAGCUUUAAAAUCUGAAGAGGCUGUCACACCAAAGACUCCACUUUGCCCACCUGAACCUCCCAGCAACCCACCAGAGAUCAUGGAUGUUUCCAAGUCCACAGUUUCUCUCUCCUGGGCCAGGCCCCGCGACGAUGGAGGCUCUCGUGUCACUGGAUAUUAUAUUGAAAGAAGGGAGGUUUCAACAGAGAAGUGGGUCCGCCACAACAAGACCCACAUCACCACCACCAUGUUCAAUGCCACUGGUCUCAUCCCUGAUGCAGAGUACAUAUUCAGAGUUGUCGCACAAAAUGACAUUGGACAGAGCGAACCAGGUCCUGCUUCUGAAUCUGUAGUCUGCAAAGAUCCAUUUGACAAACCUAGCCAACCAGGAGAGAUUGACAUUGUCUCUGUCGCUAAAGACUGUAUCACCAUCCACUGGCUCAGGCCUGAGCAUGAUGGUGGCAAGGAGAUCCUAGGUUACUGGAUUGAGUUCAGGCAGGCUGGAGAGAGUGCCUGGAAAAAAUGCAAUAAGGAGCGCUCGAAGGAUCGUCAGUUCACCAUGGGUGGCUUAAUGGAAGCCACUGAGUAUGAGUUUAGAAUCUUUGCUGAGAACGAGACUGGACUCAGCCGACCUCGUCGCACACCUAUGGGCAUCAAGACCAAAUUGAGUGUUGGUGAGGCUCCAGCUUUGACAGAAGACAUCCAAGAUGUAACAACCAAACUUGGCGAGUCUGGCACUCUGACCUGUGGCAUUAUUGGCAGACCUCUGCCUGAGAUUAAGUGGUACCGCUUUGGCAGGGAACUGAUCCAGAGCCGCAAGUACAAAAUGAGCUCAGAUGGUCGAAACCACUCCCUCAGCAUUCUAACAGACGAACAGGAAGAUGAGGGCCUGUACACCUGUAGGGCAAUCAAUGAGGCUGGAGAGAUCGAGAGCAGUGGUAAACUGCGUUUACAGGCAGCUCCCCAGUUCCACCCUGGCUUCCCCCUGAAGGAAAAAUACUUUGCUGGGGCUGGCACCAGUCUCCGCCUUCAUGUCGUAUACAUUGGCCGUCCCAUCCCACAGAUCAUGUGGUUCUACGGCAAGAAGCCUCUGAAUCCAUCUGAAAAUGUGAUCAUUGAAAACACAGAGAGCUACACCCACCUCGUGGUGAGGAAUGUUCAGAGAAAGACCAACGCUGGUCGCUAUAAGGUGCAGCUCAGCAAUUUCUUUGGAACUAUUGACACUGUGCUUCGUGUAGAAAUCCAAGACAAGCCAUGCAUGCCUGAGGGGCCCCUAAUUGUUGACGCCCUGCUUAAGAGCUCAGUUGUCAUCAGCUGGAAGGCUCCCAAGGAUGAUGGAGGAUCAAUGAUUACCAACUACAUUGUGGAGAAACGGGAGGCCAAAGAAGGGGAACAGUGGCACUUGGUGUCCUCCUCUUUGUCUGGAACCACCUGCCGUGUCCUCAAUCUGACGGAGAAUGCUGGCUACUACUUCAGGGUUUCAGCUCAGAAUCAAUAUGGAGUCAGCGAGCCUCUAGAGAUCCCAUCAGUGGUUAUAAUCAAGAGUCCAUUUGAAAAACCUGGCAUCCCACAGCAGCCUUUCAUUAUCAGCUCCACAAAGGACUCUUGUGUUGUCUGUUGGAAGCCUCCAAGCAGCGAUGGUGGAGCUAAAAUCACAAACUACUACCUGGAGAAACGUGAGAAGAAACAGAACAAGUGGAUGUCAGUAACUACCAAGAAGAUUGCAGAGACCAACUAUGAGGUCACAGCCUUGAUUGAAGGCUUUGAGUAUGAGUUCCGUGUCAAAUGUGAGAACAUGGGUGGUGAGAGCGAAUGGAGUGAGAUUUCUCAACCCAUCAUCCCCAAGUCUGACCAGCCUCCUCGCGCUCCCACAUUCAGGGAGGAGAUCAGAGACAUGACUGUCAAAUACCAUGCCAGUGCAACAUUUGUCACUAAGGUGUUGGGCCAUCCAAAGCCUGUUGUGAAAUGGUACCGUGGUGGAAAGGAGAUCCUGGCAGAUGGAACUAAGAUCAAAGCGCUGGAGUUCAAGGGAGGCUACUAUCAGCUUGUCAUCACUUCUGCUGAUGAGAAUGAUGCCACAGUUUACCAAUUCAGAGCAACCAAUUCCUCAGGAUCCAUCUCUACCACAGCCAACUUGGAGGUGGAAGUUCCUGCUAAGAUCCAUCUGCCUCAAGAGCUCCAAGGAAUGGGCGCAGUCCAUGCUGUCCGUGGUGAUCACAUCACCAUCAAGAUCCCCAUCUCUGGCAAACCUGAGCCAACAAUCACUUGGCAGAAAGGUCAGGAGAUCCUCUCCAACUCUCCUUAUCACCAAGUCAUCACCACAAGGUCUUUCACAUCCCUGGUAUUCCAGAAGGGAGUCCAGAGGAAAGAUACUGGCUACUACAUUAUUACUGCAAAGAACAGGUUUGGAACGGACAAGCAAACCAUCGAGGUGAAUGUGGCUGACAUUCCUGAAGCUCCAAAAGGCCUUGUGGUUAGUGAAAUUGCAAGGGAUUCUAUCACUCUUGUCUGGGAGCCCCCUGCCAGUGAUGGUGGAAGCAACAUUAUUAGCUACAUUGUGGAGAAGUGCCCCACCACCAGUGAUAGGUGGAUUCGUGCUGGACAAACUACUGACUGUAGUAUCACUAUCAUCAACAUAUUUGGAAAGGCCAAAUACCAGUUCCGUGUUAUUGCCGAGAACCAGUUUGGUCUGAGCCCACCAUGUGAACCAACUGAGCCUAUCACCACAAAGGAAGACAAGUCUGUAAUUAGGAACUAUGAUGAGGAAGUGGACGAAACAAGAGAAAUUACUAAAGAGGAGGCUCUUUUCUACAAGGUGAAGGAGCUGUCCUCAAAGUACAUUAUCUCUGAGGAGCUUGCUCACUGCCAGUUUGGUGUGGUUCACCGUUGUAUUGAGAUUGCCACAAAGAAAACCUACAUGGCCAAGUUUAUCAAAGUCAAAGGAACUGAUCGUGAGUUGGUUUUAAGGGAAAUUGAAGCUCUUAAUAUGGGAAGGCACAAGAAUAUCCUCUACUUGCAUGAAUACUUUGAAAGCAUGGAGGAGAUCAUCCUUAUCUUUGAGUUCAUUUCUGGAGUUGACAUCUUUGAGCGGCUUGGCACCAGCAACUUUGAGCUUACAGAGCAGGAGAUUGUCAAGUACCUUAGACAAGUCUGCUCUUCUCUCAAGUUCCUGCAUUCCCACAACUUUGGCCACUUUGAUAUCCGCCCAGACAACAUUGUGUACACUACAAGGAAAAGUACCAACAUAAAGAUCAUUGAGAUGGGCCAGGCUAGGCUUCUGGUGCCGGGAGAAAACAUCAGAAUGCUCUUUUCAGCACCGGAGUACUACGCCCCAGAGGUCCACCGCCAUGAUUUGGUCACAACGGCCACAGAUAUGUGGUCUGUUGGUGUUAUGGCCUAUGUUCUACUCAGUGGCCUUAAUCCAUUUGCAGCAGAGUCUACCACAAAGAUGAUUGAGAAUAUCAUCAACUGUGAGUAUGUCUUCGACAGUGAAGCAUUUAAGGAUAUCAGCCUGGAGGCUAUGGACUUUGUGGACAGACUUCUAGUCAAGGACAGGAAGCUUCGUAUGACAGCCCAUGAGGCUCUGGAGCACCCAUGGCUCAAGAUGAAAAUAGAGCAUAUUAGCAACAAGGCUAUCAGGACGCUGAGACACAGAAGGUACUAUCAGACUCUGGUAAAGAGGGUUGAUACUAUUGUAUCAGCAGCUCGUGUGGCCUAUGGUGGUGCUUUCAAGAACCAGAGGGGAUUGGAUGUUGGUAAAGUGAAGAUUGGAACUGAGUGCCAUGGCUUCCGUGCUGGCCCAGUCAUGCAUGCCUCAGCUGAAGAAGGUGGUUAUGCAAGAUUCACUUGCUGCAUUGCCAAGUAUGACAAGAGUACACAGGUGUCAUGGUACUUUGGUAACUGCCAGCUACACACAAGCCACAAGUAUGAGAUUACUUAUAGUAAUGGCUUUGCCAGUAUCUACGUAAAGGACAUUGAAGAAAGUGAUGAUGGUGUGUACAGAUGCAAAGUGCUGAGUGAUGAUGGAGAAGACAGUGCUUAUGGAGAGCUUUUUGUCGAGACAGUGAGGAGUAUCAAAGAGUACUAUCUUAGCCGCUCCAUCAGGAAAUUAAGGAGGAGAGUUGACAAGACUAAGCUUCUGCAGAGACCACCAGAGUUCACUUUGCCUCUCUACAACCGCACCGCUUUCAUUGGCGAAGAUGUGCGCUUUGGUGUUACUGUUACUGUGCAUCCAGAGCCUUGCAUAAUUUGGCUUAAGAAUGGUGAAAAAAUCAAGCCAGGUGAUAAUGACAGCAAGUACACCUUCACCAGUGAUAAGGGUCUAUACCAGCUCAUGAUCCAUAACCUGGACAUGACUGAUGAUGCUGAAUACACUGUUAUGGCCCACAACAAGUUUGGAGAAGACAGCUGCAAGGCCCGUCUCACUGUGGCACCACAUCCUGUGACGGAAGAAACUAUGAGGCCCAUGUUCAAACGCCUGCUGGCUAAUGUUGAGUGCAUGGAGGGACAGAGUGUCCGCUUUGAGCUCAGAGUCUCAGGUGUACCACCUCCUACUCUUAAAUGGGAAAAGGAUGGUCAUCCACUACAGUUUGGUCACAAGGUGGUUGUCAUACAGGAGGACGUUGACUCUCAUGUCCUUCACAUUAGAGAGACUCUACUUGAGGACUGUGGUGUUUACAAAGUUACUGCAACCAACUCUGCUGGCACCGCCAGCUGUCAGGCAACAUUGAAGGUGGACCGCCUUACCUAUACAAGGAGAGAAUAUAGGAGUGAGGAAGAGAAAUACAUGCACAUACAGAAACAAAUUGAUAAGACCAACAAGAUGGCUCAGAAAAUCGUUGCUACUGAGGAGCUUGUACCGCUUAAUCCCACUGCUCAAGAAGCUCUCAAAUAUGCUGCAGAGAUUUACAAGCCAGCAGUGAGCACGAAGAAUGUCGAGGGGGAGUUUGACAUCAAAGAGGAGAAGUCAGAGACCAAGAAGUUGGAGGAGGAGAGGAAGAUCUUCAUGCCCUAUGAAAUUCCUGAGCCUGUGGUUCAUGAUCCCAGAGUUCUUGAUGAGAACAAAGGUAUCAAACAGUUUGUACCUCUGUCAGAUAUGAAGUGGUACAGAAAGCUGAGAGAUCAAUAUGAGAUUUCAGAGAGGAUGGAGAGGAUUGUGCAGAAGAGACAGAAACGUAUUCGUUUGUCCAGAUGGGAACAGUUCUACGUCAUGCCCCUUCCUAGAAUCACUGACCAGUAUAGGCCAAGAUGGCGUAUUCCAAAACUCACUCUAGAUGAUCUGGAGACUGUCAGACCUGCACGCCGCUCUCCCAGUCCUGUGUCAGAGGCGUCGUUCAGAUCUAGGAGGAGAUCUCUGGGAGACCUUAGCGAUGAGGAGCUGAUGAGAACAGAGGAGGAAGAAGGAAUGAUGUUGGAGGAUGAACUGGAGCUUGGCUUUUCUGCCUCACCUGCUGGCAGCCCUGUACGCAUUGAGCGACGUGCCAUGGAGCGUGAGGAAAGAAGGCUGGAAGGUAGACAUGAAAUUGUUGAGGUUGCUGAGACAAAGAAGAAACGUACCAUCUCUCAGUAUAUGAGGAGGAGAAGGUCACUGUCACCCACUUACAUCGAGCUAAUGCGUCCAGUUUCAGAACUGAUAAGACAACCACAUGCUAGGCAUCCUGUGGAAGUAGAGGGAGAGAUUGUGGGGAGGAGGUCCCCUACCCCAGAAAGGACCCGACCACGUUCCCCCAGCCCCAUCAAGUCAGUUGAAAGGUCUUCACGCUCCUCCUCGAGGUUUGAGCGGUCUGCCCGUUUUGAUAUCAUGUCCCGUUACGAGGCCAGAAAGGCUGCUUUGAAAUCUGAAAGGAAGUAUCAGUUGGUCAGUCAGUCACCUUUCAGUUUGGACCAUGCCCCGCGUGUCACUGUUAGGAUGCGUUCUCAUCGUAUCCCAGUUGGUCAAGAUACAAAAUUCACCCUAAAUGUACAAGCUAAACCAGAGGCCGAGAUCACGUGGUUCCACAAUGGAACUGCAAUCUCUGAAUCCAGUGAGAAAUUCAUCUUUACCAACAUGACUGGUGUCUUGACCAUCACUAUUCUGGAGUGUCAGGAAGAGGAUAGUGGCACGUAUCGCUGUGUAUGUUCCAACUCUAAGGGAGAGGCUUCAGACUAUGCUACCCUGGAGGUGUCAGGUGGUAGCUACACAACUUUCUCUUCUCGCCGCAAGGAUGAGGAAGCUCCCAAAGCAUAUGUCCCUGAAGUCACUCGAACAGACCACUACCACAUCUCCCAAUUCAAAGCUGGCUAUGCUUCACAGACCCACUUUGCGGUAGAAGAAACCAAAUCUAAGUUAACCGAAACACAUGAGGUAUUCACACAUGAGAGAUAUGGCGCCUCCUCUGAAAGGUACUCCUCUGCUGAGAGGUAUGACUCAUCUAUCAAGUAUGCUUCUGCUGAAUACCUGUCAUCUAGUUCCUCUUAUUCAUCUGACAAAUUUUCUCUGAGUGGGAAACACGCCAUAUCUGAAGCUAAACUGAAAUCAUCUACCACUGCUGGUGAUGAGGAAGUUUCUGUCCAGAAGGCAAAACUUUCUCUUCCAGCUAGAAUCCUCACUAAGCCUCAGUCUGUGACAGUUGAGGAGGGCGAGACUGUCAGAUUUACCUGUGAUAUUGAUGGUGAGCCUGCACCCACUGUGACAUGGAUACAUGAGAGCAGAACCAUUGUCUCAUCACACCACAUUCAGGUCACCACAACUCAGUAUAAAUCCAGUUUGGAAAUCUCCUCUGUGACAGCCUCCCAUGAGGGCAGUUACACAGUAGUGGUAGAGAAUUCAGCAGGCAGACAGGAAGCUCAUUUUACGUUAACCAUCCAUAGACCAACCCCCAAGCAGGAAGUUAAAAUAGUCAAACCCCCUGAGCCAUCCGUGAAGUCACCCACUCCCAGUGUAAAGUCUCCUGCACCUUCAGUCACAUCCCCUAUUCCCUCCCCAACCUCUGCUGUUCCCAGUGUGAAGUCACCAGAACCUAGCACCAAAUCCAUUGAGCCUUCAGUUACAUCACCAGCUUCAAGUAUAAAAUCUCCUGAACCAAGUGCAACAUCUCCUGCUCCGAGUGUGAAGUCACCAACACCAAGUGUGAAGUCUCCUGAACCCGAGGGGAUUAAGUCUCCUAAGAGCAUGAAGUCUCCUGAGCCAACUGCACCUUCUCCUGCACCGAGCUUAAAAUCACCGACUCCAGGUGUCAAAUCUCCUGAGCCUGAGGGACUUAAGUCACCACGAGGUCUAAAAUCUCCUGAGCCACGACUCAAGUCACCACCGCCAACUAAGACCCUGGGGACUGGAAAGUCGCUGGAAUCUGAGGAAGUAAAAUCACCCAAGGGUAUCAAAUCUCCAGAACCUACAGGAAUCAAAGUGCCAAGAGGUGUCAAGUCCCCAGAACCUCCUGGACUCAAAACACCAAAAGGCAUCAAGUCCCCAGAACCAACAGGCAUCAAAUCACCAAGGGCACUGAAGUCCCCUGAACCUGAAGGGAUCAAAUCACCUCCCAGAAUGAAGUCUCCUCCUCCCACCAUGUCCCCCAAGAGAGUUGUAUCUCCACCCACCGUAAAAUCCCCAAUCCCCAAACCCCCCAAGGUCAUGAGUCAGCUAACAGCAGAAGCCUGUGAGGGGUCAGUGAGGAUGUCCUGUGUUUGUGAGAGCUCCGUCAGAGAGGUGGUAUGGUAUGUGAAUGGGAGGAGGCUUUCACAAAGCAGUCGCCUAGAGAUGCACUAUUCUGAGGGUUCUUGCAGCCUUUUGAUCCAUAAUUUAACAGACGGUGAUCAGGGAGAGUACACCUGUGAGAUGAAAUCAGAAGGAGGAGUAUCCAAGUCUUCUUUCAACUUCACUGGACAAGUGUUUCAGUCAAUUCGCAAGAAGAUUACAGCUUAUUGUGAACAGCAGCUGGUACUUCAAGGAUCAGUAUUGAUGAGUCAAAAGGAGUCAUCGUCAUCCUUGAGUUCAUCGGUGAUGAUGAAGAAAGAAAUCCAUACAAUGGAGGAGUCGUCUGCCUUUUCUUCUACUUCCCAGCAGGCAGUGAUGUCAUCCAUGUCGGAUUCCCGCUCCUUCAGCAGCAUGGCAGCUGAAAUGAAGUUUGAGACCAUGUCCAUGUCCAGCAUGUCCUCCGUGUCAUCUGAGACAUAUGCCAUGAGCUCCAGUAGCCUCAUGGAGAUGGCCUCCCACAUGGAGGGAUCCCUUAGAGCUCUUGGUUCUGCUCCAAGGAUUGAAGCUCUGCCAGAGGACAUCAGCAUUGAGCCAGGCAAAGUCCUGACAGUCGCCUGUGCCUUCUCUGGUGAUGCCAGACACAUUGAGUGGUCGCACGACGGCAAAACGAUUGAGUUGACCGCUGCCGGACGCUUCCAUAUUGAGACCACUGAGGACUUGACCACGCUCAUUAUCACCGGGGUGAAGGAGGAGGAUGCUGGAAGCUACACCCUCAAACUGUCAAAUGAGCUGGGAUCUGAUACGGCAACUGUUCACAUUAGUAUUCGAUCGGUGUAAGGAAAAAAAAAACCAACUCUUCAAAACUUCCCCUUUUUCCUUUUCUCAAGCGUUUUUAUUUAAUCAAGCAAAAGAAUCUACUUGAUAAAGAUCUGGAUUUCUGUUCUUGUAAAUAUGAACUAUUUUUGUACCUAUCUUGACAUUAAUUUUUGCCAAACUAGACUAAAGUCUAAAGGUGUUAUAAAAUGUACCAUAUUGGAUAACUGUGACUUAGGAUUUUUGAUCCAUUAUUCUGUGACAUGUACAUAAUGUAUAUAGCCGAAGUUACCGGUUAUGGGAAGUGUAUGCAUUGUUAUUUAUGACAAUAAUAUUAACUAAAACAAAAUGAAACUGUAUAUGGUUUAACAGGAGAAAGUUCCAACAGGAACGAAUACUCUGUUAAACGAAGAAACUAAACUUUGUGCCUCAACGAUAAGUUGAAGUCUUAAGAUUGCCUCAACAGGUAGAGAGGCUCCCUGUUGAUGUUAACUCAAUCAGAGACAAAACUAUGAAUACACUGCUUUAGAGAGCAGUGCAUUAGCAUUGUGAAAGCAGUGUGAGAUCCUGAAUGCUGUUUGCAUUUACCCUCAUGUAAGCAGGAUGACUGGACCUCGCACUCUGACUGAUUCUGUCGUACUGCUAUUUCACUGACGUGCUCAGAGUGCGAGCGGCCUGCACUCCCUGAGCACAAGUGUUUCUUUUAUAUUUUGUGCUCUGCAUCUGGCAAACAACCACUGAUGAGACUUUUCACUUGUACCACCAACCUGGCCAAUCACUUUGAAUAAGAGUCCGUCUUGUGCUUAUUUGCAGAAACAGAGCUGUCUCUCGGAGGUAUGCAGUGUGUUUGUGUGCUAGUUUUUAGAAGUUCACCUGUCAGUCAAGGUGGGUGCGGCAAAGCAGAUGUAUGAAACCACCUACUGCUGCAUUCAACAACAAGUCCCACAUGUCGCCCUGCAGUUUAAGGGUUUGAUUGAAGUUUGAGUUGAGUUUUGACUAUUUUCGCACCCUCCUUGAGUCUUUCCUCCAGUUAUUUCUUUAAUAAAGCAUGAUUAUCAGCACUACA